UGCGCACUCCGCUGUUAUGGGUGCUGACAGAAAAUCAGCCCGAGAUAUACUCGUAAGCAGAGUUAAAGUUUACCGAUUCGAUUGAUAGGACGACUAGACGCGUCUGUAAAUACUCGUACGCUCUUGACAGUCAUUAAAACGGAGCAGGUGACGUGAAUGCGGCAUAUGUAACCUAGUGUAAGGGGUGUGGUGCCGGGAGAACAGGUGCUGAAGAGUUCUCGCGCAUAAAAUUAGGGCGAGGGAAGGGAAGAAAGAAGAACCGGACUGAUUAGCGGACUCAAUGAACGUGACAUGCCGGUUGAUGAUUCUUGAGAAAAAACAAUGAGAUAAAAGAACACGAAUAUGUCGCGGACAACAUCACCCAAAGGUAGUCCAACACCGCCGAGGGUAGAUAGCCCCGGCAGUGGCGGCGCCGAUGGUAGGGGCAGUCCAAGAACGCCACGUGGUACUCGGCUGAAGGACCGAGUGAGUUUUUUCGAACAGGUCUGGUCGACUGGACGUAGUCCCAGCACCGAGGAUCUCCUGGAAGACUCGGACGCGCGCAGACCUAUCCGGUCUCCAACACAUCAGCGACCAUCUUCUAGAACAAGUGAUUCUUCAUUCGAGGAAAGCUUCGAGCGAUUAGUGGAGGAAGGCGAGCUGAACGGCGCUAAGGUCGUGAAGUUUGAAAAAAUCACCGUGAGAAAGAGCGUACGUGCGAUCAGUUCGGGUAGUACUAACGACAACACUGCGGUUGUUCAGCAGCGUGUCUUGACAGAAUCAAGUAGAACUCCUAGCGAGGAGCACAUCCUCGAGGACUCGGCCUAUCAAAGUCAUAGUCAUGGCGUGCAGAGUCACGGCAGCAAGUCUAGCUCGGUCACCUCUUUUACGAGGUUCCCCUCAGAAGAGAGCCUAUCGCAGAGAAGAAGUAGCAGUCCUCGAGUCCAACAAUUGGGCGCGGAUGAACGGCCGCCCGCGGAGUGGUACGCCGAAUAUCGCAAUCAGAGCUUCCAGAAUGUCGCCGCGAGAAUCGAGUACGUGCGCAGCAGAAGCGAGUAUGACGCACACAUCGCUGAGAUCAAAGACGAACAAGAACGCGUGCAAAAGAAAACCUUCAUAAAUUGGAUCAAUUCUCAUCUCUCGAAGAGAGUUCCUCCGCUUCGUAUCGAUGAUUUAAUCGAAGAUCUUAAAGACGGCACGCGUCUUCUCGCCUUACUCGAAGUUCUUUCAGGAGAGAAACUGCCUGUAGAGAGAGGCCGUAAUCUAAAGAGACCGCAUUUCUUGAGUAAUGCCAAUACUGCGUUGCAAUUUUUACAAGGCAAGAAAAUCAAAUUAGUGAAUAUAAAUUCAUCUGAUUUGGUCGACGGACGACCACCGGUAGUAUUGGGCCUAAUAUGGACUAUCAUUUUGUAUUUCCAGAUCGAGGAGAAUACUAGAGCCCUCGAGUAUCUUGGACAAACAUGGGGCAGUCAGAGCAGCCUCGAAAGCCUUGGUACUCAGGGUUCGGCGGCAAGCGAAAGAAAACGCAUCAGCAGCGAAAAGUGGAAGCAAAGUGCACGGAAAACCUUGCUUCAAUGGGUCACCAAUGCCUUGCCGAAAGAUGUUGGUAUUAAAGUUCGAGACUUUGGAGAAAGUUGGAGAGACGGAAAUGCUUUCUUAGCCAUUAUCGAUGCCAUAAAGGCUAAUUUAGUAAACAUAGCAGCUAUGAGAGAAGCGUCGAAUAAAGCUCGGCUAGAAACAGCCUUCCAGGUUGCCGAGAUCGAAUUAGGUAUUGCCCGAUUGUUGGAUCCUGAGGACGUGGACGUACCGCAACCCGACGAAAAAUCGAUUAUGACAUACGUUGCCCAAUUUUUGCACAAAUAUCCAGAACCAGGAAACACAGCUCCUGAUUCUUUCGCAGCUAUACAAGAAGAAUAUGACAAUCUUCUUAAAUGGCUAAAUGAGAGAGUCAGGCAUCUCGAACAACUUGAUAGAACAAAUGCCUAUCCACAAAGUUACCCGGAAUAUACGCUGUUUAGAGCAGAGACUGAUGAGAAAUCAAUUAUAUAUAAAAAGAUGCAAAGUUUGGUCGAUACACCUAGUAUGAUAAGUAUCACACGAGAUUCUUGGAGACAUAUACAAAUGUUGUGGCAACAAAUGGAACUCUUUAUGCUGCAUUGGCUUUGGUUACUUGAUUCAGUGUUACCGGGAGAAUUAGGAGAAGUUGGUAGAUGGUUAGCAAGAGCUGAAGCUCUCUUACAUUCAGACAAUAAUAUACCACAAGAAAUGUCAGAAAGUACGGCGAAUAUAAUCUCGAAUAAGUUAGAAGAUCAUAAAAAAUUUUUCCUCGAUUUACCGACAAUGACGGAGAAAUUCCAACACGCCAAGAACUCGCUGUUGGCGCGACAAGUCCGGCCUGAACAAUUAGAUAAUAUGUCCGCGCGCUUCGAUAGUUUGCCUGAUCGUGCCGCUAAAAGAAGGGUGAAAUUAAAGUUCUUAGAACACAAAUGUUGUUUGAUUGCUUUCCUAUAUCUCGUCGAGACCAAAUUGAAAGGCUGGAACAUUAAAUAUGGGACGGAGGAGAAAGUGCAUCAGAUGUUGGAGCAAUAUCGUAACUUUGUUUCUCGAAAUAGAAUAUUCCAGGAAUUUCAAAAGGCUUACUUGGAUAUGCAGCAAGUCGCAGAAGAAUACAAGCGUGACGUUGAUAUUGAUCGAGAAGAGAACCUCAACGUUGAUCGUUUUAUGCGCGAGACGGCCGAAAAAUGGAAAAACGUGUCGAUGGAUUUGCGCUGCGUCCAGAGUAUGCUCGAAGAAGUUGUCGCAUAUUGGCGUCGUUGGACUAUUGUCUCAGAUGAAUUCGAAGCAUGGCUACUUCGUGCUGAACCUGUCCUGAAUCUCCCAGAGGAGGAAAGAAUGGAGUUCUUUCAAGAUAUCAGCGUAUGGAAAGAUAAGCAUCAACAAUUGUCGGAUACUGUAAGCUUUCUAAUUGCCACAUCCGAUGAAUCGGUAGCAUUUCGAUUGAAGGAGCGUUACGCAAAUCUGACAGCAAGAUGGGAACAGCUCUUCCAAGAGGCCAAACAGUACAUGCAUGCGGGUGAUCUCAUUCGAACGAGAAAGGAUUACAAGGCGGGAGUAGAGACUUUGCAGAAUUGGUUAAGAGAUGCCGAGGCUGCUUUAUCAACUACCGGAUUAAGCUCCACCGAACGGAUCAAAGCUUACGGAGAGAAACUGCAGACUCUUCACAAUGAAGUCGAGGACAUUGAAAAUCUCUUUAAAAAUAUCAGUAAAAAAUUCCAAACUCUUAUCCAGGAUUUGUCCCGCGACGAAGUCGAUAAAAUGAUGAACACUCUAAAGAAAGAGAAAGAAACUCUUGUUAAGGUACGUGCUUUGAUUCCGAUGCAAUUGCACUUGUAUCAUCAAUUAUUGGUGCAACAAGAAUCUCUAGAAGCAGGGCAGAAAGAGAUAUCUGCGUGGUUAGAUGAAGCCGAAAAUUUUUUGGCCAACAUCAAUCUCGCAGGUGGUAGAGACGCUGCCUUGGCUCAAUUAGAUCGUCAUAAAGCCUUUUUCUCGAGAACACUUUACUAUAAAUCUAUGCUGGAAUCUAAGAAUAAAGUAUUCGCUAACAUCGUCAAGGCUGUGGAUAGUCAUGCCGACGUAGAGACUGCCGAAGGUGGAGCUACCUUAAGAGAACUUAAUGAUCGAUUUAUUAAGAUCUCUCAAGCAGCGCAAGUCUGGGAACAACGUUUACAAGAAUCUGUGCGCCGUUGGACGAAAUUUAAAGAGUGCGAGCGACAAAUCUCUGAAUGGCUUUCGAUUGCAGAAACAAUGAUCAAUGAAAAGCACAUUGAUAAUCGUCAAUCCGUCGAAUAUCACAAAAAUUUCUUCGGCAAAGUCAAUGAAAAGUGGAUACAAGAUCUCGUGAAGGCCGGCCAAGAUCUUCGGAAUGUAUUACCAGUUGAUCAACAAUUUCCCGUCGCAAAAACGGUAGAGAAUCUUCAGAAUCGUUGGAGAGAAAUACUCACUUUUGCGCCGCUUCAUUUGAUGAAGCUCGAGUUCCGCCUAGAUGAGGCUAGCUUCCUUCAAUAUCUCAAAGAAAUCGAGAUGGAAAUUAGUUCUGAGCAGCAAGCACUUAUUAACAAUGACGAUGUGGAUGGUAUUCAACAGCGCAAUAAAGAAUUUUUCGUGAACCGCGGCACCGUUCUCGAAGUCGAGCGUUGUCUACAGACCUUGAAAAAGAUAAGUGAUGCUUACAACAAACUCAAGCCAAAAGAUACUAGCUUGGUUGAUGCCGCGCAAAAUGCCGAACGUUUGUGGGAAGAAACUGCACAAAAAGUGGAGAACUUAAGGGAACAAUUGCGAGAAAUUCCACAACAAUGGGCAACUUAUAGACAGAAGUUCGAUGAGAUGGUACAUUGGAUGGACCAUGUUGACAGUACGUUGAGAACCAUUUUACAUGAAGUCAAUACUUUAGAAGAAUUUGAGAAAGAGAAGACUAUAUUUCAGAAAAUCUGUCGCGAAGCUGAUAGCAAGCGUGAAGAAAUGAAAUGGCUGGUUCAAACUCUCGACAACUUGACAUUGAAUCGUUCGGAUCGCGAAGCACUCACUGCGCAGCAAAAUUUGGAGCAACUGAUAACUCGAUAUAAGAAUUUGAUUCCAACGAUCGAAAUUACAAUGACGAAGACAGACAUCUAUUCGAAAAGUUAUACUUAUCGCAAAGAAGUACGCGAAGUAUGCACUUUGUUGCGCAAAGUUCGCGAACAAUCAAAAGUUGAAGUCACACCUGAGGUUCCUGAAAAAUUACAAAACGCCGUGACUCAUCAGGAAUCCCGUCUUAAUCAAUUAGAGCAACAGCGAGCAACCAUUGUCAGUAUGUUACAACGCGGUAAAGAUCUUCUGAAAGAUCAACAUGCUCCACCUUUCGUCUCUUCUGAAGUUCAACAAUUAGAAGCUAACUGGAACGAUACAUAUGGCCAAAGCAUGGAGAUAUUAAAAUCUUUAAAAGAAUCACAGAAACUCUGGAACACUUAUCAAGAACAAAAGAACGAGAUUUUGAGAUUGAUUGAACAAGCUGAGAAAGAAUUGCGUCAAAUUGAAUUAGCAUCUUAUUACGAUGCCGCUCAAGUAUCUUCCGACCUGCAGAAGAAACAGGAAUUCAAUACAAAUUUGAAAAAGUCAGCCGAAGAAAUGAUAAGGAAAUUGCGCGAAACAUAUACUAAUCUUUCUCAAACAUCCGCACCAUCAAGCAAACAAGAGAUUUUAGAAAAAGAAGUGACGGAAACUGAACAGAAGAUAGAACACACGUUAAAGAUUGUGCGCGAAAAAGUUGUUUAUCUUCAGGAACAUAGCACUCAAUGGAAUAAAUUUCAAUCAAAGCUUGUGGAGCUCCGAUCUUGGGUUCAGCAAGCUGCGCCUCAAUCAGUUGCAAACAUAGAAGAUUCUACAGCAUCACCUGAGGAAAAAGUUCGUAAAACAGAAAAUCUACAGAAAGAAAUCAAGGAAAAAGUAUUAAUUUUAAAUGCAUUAGAAGACGAAUCCCGGAAACUUGUGAAAGAAGAUAGUGAUGAUACACCGGCAAAACAACUCCGUGGCGACAUUGAGAAUCUUCAUAAGGCAGUUGAAUCGUUGAAUAAGAGCAUAAUAACGCAACGUGAAUUGGCUACACAAAAUCUUGCAACAUGGAGAGAAUAUGAAGAAGGCAUUCAGAAGAUAAAACCUUGGAUUGAACAAGCGGAGUCGAAGGCAGCUACGAUGGGCAGCAAGCCUACUACUUUGGCUCAAGCCACGCAAAUGUUAGGAUCAGCCAAGGCUUUUCAAGUUCAAUGUCAACAAUAUCUUCCAAAAGUCCAGAGUUUGUCAACGAUUAGUCAGCAGAUAACUGGAAGAACAGUGGCACCUGAUGAAGUCGACGCUGUAUAUACGCGGUGGAACGCAGUUCAUGACGUGGCAGUACAAACGACGACCAAACUUGAUAAAUUAGUCUCAUCAUGGAACACCUUCGAAUCAGAAGCAAAAGAGUUUAAUGAAUGGUUGCAGAAUAGUGAAAGGGAAGCUCUCAAAGAACCCAAUGUUCAAACACCCGAAGCCGCAAAGUUGGAAAAGGAAUUGGCACAUUUGAAAGAAUUCAACAAGAGUAUAUCCGAUCAUCAAGCUCAACUGAUAUCACUGACUCAAGUUUCCGAUCAUAUUAGCCAUGGUUUAUCGCUAGACGGCGCCUCCGCAUUGAAAGGUCGCGUUGCUGAAAUGAAGAUUAGAGUAAGCAAACUCGCAGACACAGUUCGACAUUACAUUAAUCGUGUCUCUGACUCGUUGUUAGCUAGACAAGAAUUCCAGAUGAAGAUCACCGACUUUGAAAAUUGGAUGACAAGAUUGAGAUCUAAUAUCAAUGAAAUCGGAGACGUAAAUGUGGAUAAUGUUGAUACUAAUUUGCAAACAAUGCAUGCUUAUCUUCAAGAACAUUCGGAAAAACAACCGGCAUUUACAACGAUUUACAACGAAGUAAAACAAUUAUCAUCGCGAGGUUCUAUGUUGGAAGCCGCCGCAUUGGAUGAAACUUACACGUCAUUAGCGAAGAAAUACAAGGCGCUCGAAGAUGACUUAAAAGAAAAGAAGAAAGGCUUAGAAAAGUGGAUCGAACUUUUGAACUGGCAUAAUGACGCCAAUGCGCAAUUAAAUCAUUGUAAAUAUGAAUCUGAAGCUAGAAAACCAACUAUCGCUGAUCUCGAUAGAUUUUCUUCGGAACUUCAAGUUGUACAUACAAAGAUCAAUACUUGGAAGGAACUUGUCCCGUUAAUGGAUAGCACUCUGGGAAUACAUAUUCGUGACAAGCAAGAGAGACCAAUUACUGCAACUUCUUUACUGAAUGAUCUUGAGUCCAAGGCCACAGCUUUGAAGACAGAAUUAUCUGCUAAGAGAGACAAAUUGGAGAAUCUCGAUGCUAAAUGGGAUAACUUUAGAAAAUUACAACAAAAAAUUACGGAAAAAAUUGUCAACACUCAGACGAGCUUGCAAAACAUCACAUAUACCGUUGAUAUUUGCGAAAAACUCACGCCGGCAAUCGAAAAGAUAGACGAUUUAAUCGAAGAUCAUCAAAGACGAGAAUCGGAAAAAGAAAGCCUUCAUCAAGAAGGUGACAAUUUGAUGAAGGAGGAUCAACGAGCGAUAACUAAUAUUCAGGUAGUAGUUUCUUCAGUGGAUGGAAACUGGGAAAAGGUUAAUGAACUUCUGCGUGAGCAGAGAAGGAAAUAUGCUGAAAUGGAUGCCGACUGGAAACAGUAUCAGGAAGCUAAGGAUAAGUUAAACAAGUUCAUUGACGAAGCGAAGAACCUUUGUCAGUCGGUCAAAGAUGUGUCAACUGAUAUCACCCAGGCAAAUGUUGCUUUGGAAAAACAUAAGAGAGCUUCAGAGAUUUUAAAGAAGGGUAAAAUAUUUCUGGAUAAAAUGGAUGGCAAGGCGCAACAAUUAGCGAAAGAGACAUCGUUAAUGCCGAACUUCAAGACAAGUCUAAUCGAAUCGGAUUUAUCCAAUAUACGAAAAAAAUAUAACGAGAUUAAUGCUAAAGUAAUCGAUCGGACUCAAACGUACGAAACACAGGUUAUCAUCUGGAAGCAGAUCGAAGAAGCAAAAUAUGAACUUACAAAGUGGCUUAGCGACACGAAUGAGGCGCUCAUUGCGGCUUGUGAUCGUUUACUCGACGCUGAGAAUGGACAAGCAUUAUUGAUUAAAUAUCGCGAGGAAUUACCAAUAUAUCAACAACUUCGUCAAGGUAUCGCCACGAAGAGCGAACAACUCGUCAAACUGAACGAUGACGCGAGCAUAUCAACUUUGGAAUCCCUUAAUGAUUUAUUGGAUGAUCAAUUUAAGGUUGUUAAACAGGCCGCAAAUAACCUCGCGUCGUUCACCUCAACUUUCAACGAGAAAGAAAAAAAUAUCAGGCAGGAGUUGAAGAAAUGUAGUGAUACGAUAUCAAAGAUUCGCGAAGAGAUAAUCAAGUGCGAUGAUUUAACUGGCGAGAAUACUAAGAUUAUGUAUAGAAUCAAUAAAUGUCAAGAAUUGAAGACCGAACUGGAAAAGUGCGAUUACACACUUUCAGAACUUGACGAGAAAUUAACAGAUAUGGUAUCAGAAUAUCCAACUAUAUCGAAAUCUAGCUUACCAAAAGAACUGCAAGCAUUGCAACUCCGUAAAGACGGCGUAGCUAGUCAUGCUGACAAGGUUAACGCAACGUUGGUAGCCUUCUUGACAAAACUCUAUCACGAAAAGUUUGGCGCUCUGCAACGCUUAGUAGCAACUCACAAGGAAAAAGUAGCCUGGUGCGAACCCGAACAGAGCAGCGAUCGUUAUAAUCUUGAGGUAAAGAUGGCCUCGUUGAUCGAUGUGGAAGAUGGUAUUGCUGAUUGCGAGACUCGAAAAGUGGAUACAGAUAAUUCAUUGACACUUCUAAGCACUGUCGAGAGCAGCGAGAUCAUUUCUGCUCUUAGAGACGAACGCGACAAAGUUACUGCCGACCUGGAGUCCUUGAAAGACAGCUAUCGCAAAAUCAAAUCUGUACUGCAAGAAAAUAUUGCUUUGUGGCAACGAUACGAAUUUACAUCAGAAAACGUAAUUUCCUGGCUCAAAGAGAACGAAAAUAAAAUCAGAAUGGAGGCCACGAUGCUUCUAAAUCCAAACGAGAUCGAUGCAAAGAUUGCUGAAAUAACACAACUUAAGGAAAAAGUCGAGAAUUAUGAAAACGAGAUGAAGGAUCUGAUCGCACUCGGAGAGGAAAUAACCAAAGUUAAUCCAGAAUCUCGCGUGACUCAAUAUGUCGGACAUUUAAAUACGCGUUAUCAUUCGGUUCUUAAAUUUUUGGUUCAACAUUUAGACAGACUCAGAGAACUCAAACAAAUUAAAGGCCAAUAUGCUGCUAAUGUAAAGGAACUGGAAUCGUGGUUACUAAACGCGGAGCAGAAAUUGAAAACUUUUAACGAGAUCAGCGGUCCGAAACCAAUGACCUUCUAUCAGUCUCGCUUGAAAGAAUUAAAAGCGUUUGGGGAGGAACGCGAAACUGGACAAGCAAUUUUAAAUCGAACAGCGGAAGCGGGUGAAACACUUUUCGCGAGGAUAACACCAGAUCACAGGGAACUCAUCAGAAGUGAGCUACGAAAUUUGCGUAGUCGGAUGGAAGCAUUGGCCGAUCGCACAAACGUAAUUUAUAAGAAAAUCGAGAGCGACAUGAUGCAUCGAUCCUCAUUCGAGGACAAGUAUUCCCAAGUAAAGCAGUGGUUAGUUGAGGCACGAAAGAAAUUAGGUGACAAGCAAGAUCUGCUACCGUCGCUUCAAGAAAAGAAACUCGCUUUGCAUUUGUAUAAAGCUAUUGCACAAGAUGUAGGAGUUCAUCGAAAUAUCUUGGAACAACUUCAGGACAGGCUCGGAACAGCACCAGACGACGAAGCUAGCGAGAUGCUCAAUAGCGUGAUUGAAGCGCAUGAAAAGCUAUCGGAAGACGUAGAUGAUAGAAUCGGUAUAAUGGAAAAGUACGUUGCAAAUCAUGAGGCCUAUCUUCAGACGUUCGAGAAGACGCGAGAUUGGAUUAACACGGUAGUAAACGAAGCGGCGCCCAUCAGUGAGGAUCUCUCAAUAGAUCGAGAUGCAGCUAAAUCUAAGAUUGUUUUAAUCGAGAACGUAUUGCAACAAAAACCAGAGGGCGAUAGAAUUAUAGCCGAUUGCAAUCAGCAAUUAAAUAUCAUUUUGGAGCAAACCUCGAUAGCUGGUCACUCCACAUUAUUGAAAGGUUUCGAACAGCAGAAAAAAGUUUGGGAGGAUUUCCUCCAACGAUGCGCCUCAAGCAGAGAUAAAUUGAAUCAUCUAUUCAACCAAUGGUCCGAAUUUGAAAAAGUAGUCGAGAGCCUAGAAUCUUGGCUCAAACAAAUCGAAAUGCAGGUGAAAGAUCAAAGCUUGAAGAGUACUGAGGAAACUAAACGCGCGCACUUACAAAAAUUGAAAUCCCUCGAAGAGGCUAUCAUAACAAAGGGCACAGAAUUUAACGCUGUGGUUGAGAAAAGUCAAGGCGUAGAAGCGGAAUCCGACUUGGUUACUAAAGUAUCUCGUCAAGCUACUAGAUACCAAGCAAUCAGGAAUCAAGCAAAAGAAGUUGUAGCGAGAUACGAGCAAUAUGUAAAAGAGCACAAUCUGUUUAACGAAAAGUAUAAUCAAUUCUUGAAUUGGAUCAAUGAAGUUCAGAACGAGUUGAAGAAACAUAGCGAAAUUGUUGGCGAUUUGGCGGUGCUACAAAGCAGACAGAAGCAUAUCAGGGAUCUCGGUGACGUUCGAACUCGCGAGAAUGCUCGUUUCGAAUCUGUCAUCGAUCUCGGUGAGAAACUUUAUGUGCACACUUCACCGGAUGGUAGAGAGAUAAUCAGACAACAAUUGAGAAAUCUACGCAGCAUGUGGGACGGAUUUUCCGAGGAUUUGCAAAGUUCGAUGCAGAAAUUAGAUCAAUGUCUAAUGCAGUUCGCUGAGUUUUCAUUGUCUCAAGAGCAAUUAACGACUUGGCUGCGAGACGUCGAGCGCGCAAUGCAUCAGCACACAGAACUGAAAUCAUCGCUGGAGGAAAAGCGCGCACAAUUGCAAAAUCACAAGAUCAUGCACCAGGAAAUCAUGUCACAUCAGACGUUGGUCGAAUCGGUUUGCGACAAAGCGCAACAAUUGGUCGAUCAGACGAAGGACACUUCUUUGAAUGUCUAUUUGCAAUCCAUCAAACAGCUCUUUCAGAAUAUCGUCGCCAAGUCUCGAGAUUUGUUAGAAAAUUUAGAGGAUUGUUGCGAAAAACAUCACCGUUUCAAUCUUCAAUGUAAAUGCUUCUCCGACUGGUUAAAUGGAGAACGAGAAAAGCUAGGAGAAUGCAAUGAUAUAACGGGUGAACGAUCUGAAAUAUCUCGUAGAUUAACGAGCUUAACAUUGUUAAAAGAUGACCAGGCACAGGGAGCAGAACAUCUCACCAAGUUAAAGGAAUUCAGUGAAGCUGUGGCUAAUAGCACCGCGCCGAAAGGUCGAGAAGUUAUCAACAAGGAAGUGAUUACCUUGGAAAAUAAUCUGCGCCAAUUCCUGAAUGAAAUUGAAUCUGUAGAGGAGCGACAGAAAGCAGCUUUGAAAAGAUGGCAGAAUUUUGAAGAUCAGCUCGAAGCUCACACAAAAUGGUUCCGUUCUAUGGAGGCGACAUUCCGAGAUCAACAGUUGCAGUCUACGUUAAAAGAUAAAGAAGCACAACUUCGCGCGUUUAAAGAGAAACGUGAGAUUAUUGCGCAGCAAGAGCGGGAGAUAGAUGAAUUCGUGGACAAGUCACAUAGUUUACUGCACGCGAGUGGUAUUGAACGCAUCAAGCCAUUAAUUUCCCAAGUUAGCAACAGAUAUCAAUUGUUGCACGUGCUUAGUAAGGAAGUAAUAAACCGUUGCCAAAGCAUCGUAGAUGAUCAUCGCGCUUACGAAGAAAAAUUGAAAGCUAUUGAUGUUUGGCUUACACCUCUCGAAAAAAACUUAGCUAUUUUGAAGGAAGAUGAGAUUGGUGGAGAUCUCGAAGCGAGGAACUCGCGUUUACAAGUUUUGCUAGCCGAAAAAGAGCAAGCUGAACACCGUUUAACUAGCUUAACGUCUCUCGGUGAAAGGAUUCUUCCAGACACUUCCGCUCAAGGGCGUGAAGUAAUCAGACAUGAAUUGCGAAACGCUCGCGAAAGAUGGGAUCGUUUGGCAGAAGGCAUCACAGAGCAACAGAAAAAGCAAGAUGCUCAAUCUUUACAAUGGUCUAGUUAUCAAGAAACUCUACAACAGAUUCUCACUUGGUUAGAUACAAUGGAACGUGCAGUUAAACAAGAUUCCUCGAUGAUGUGGUCCUCCUUGCCAGAAAUAAGAUCAAAACUACUCAAAUUGAAGACAUUACAUCAAGAAAUCUUGGCUCAUAAACGUCUCAUCGAAGGCAUUUCCGAAAAAGCUAACGCUUUGGUUCAAGUUACUCAAGUUCCAUCAAACGUUCAUGAAAAAGUCAUUUCAGUUUCAAAGAGAUACGAAAAGUUAGUGGAUACAUCUCAGAAAGGAAUAUUGAGCUUGGAAGCAUUACUCAAUAUUUUCCAGCAGUUCCACGAUCUUCAGAAAGCUUAUCAAGAUUACCAGAAACGUCAAUGGGAACGUUUAGCAAAUUACAGUGACUAUACAGGAAACAAAACUGCUCUUCAAGCUAGAUUAGCUAAAAUUAUAGAGAUACAGGACAGUCAAAGCGAAGGUGAAAUAAAACUGAACGUCCUUGAAGAACAUGUUGCGCAGAGUGCGCAUACUUUGCCACCUCGCUCGCAAGAAUCUAUGGAAAGAGAUUUAGCGAAUCUUAGAUUCGAAAAUAAGAAAUUCACUACAGCCGUAAACGAUGUGGUACGUUGCAUCGAAGAAAGAAUACAACAAUGGAGUGAAUACGAAAAUUCAUUAGAACGUUUGCUUGCUUGGCUUACUGAUGCCGAGACAUCAUUGAAGAACUAUUGUCUGAAGAACACGCUUGAAGAGAAGCAGGAGCAACUUGAAAAAUAUCAAUCACUGAUUGUAAAUCUCCGGCAAAAUGAAGCCGAAUUCGAUAAAAUGAGUGAUGAUUCGUCGGAAUUGAUGCAGAUCAGUGGCGAAACUCGAUUUUCUGUCAGCGUUCAACAAGUCACAUCACGUUUCCAAUCAAUUCAGGCGACCGCUAAGGAACUGGUAAAAAAAUGCGAACAAGCAGUAAUUGAUCAUGCUAGCUAUUUAGAUCGUUAUAAACAGUGUUCCGAAUGGCUAGCGAAUGCAAGAGUGCGUUAUCAGUCCUCCAAGGAAAAUGUCAGUGAUACUCGUCAAAAGCUGAUUUCAAAUGUGGAAACCUUAAAAGAGCUUUUGGCUCGUCAAUCCUCGUCUACUCUCUUGAUAAACAGCACUGUCGAGGCUGGCGAACGAUUGUAUCCUAUGACCGGCACAGAGGGCCGAGAGAUUAUUCGUCAGCAAUUACUGGAUCUCCAGCAAGCCUUCGAAGAGCUUUAUGACGGUAUCGCUUUGACUGAACGUGAGUUACAGGCGAAGAUCUCGCGGUGGUCCGGUUUCGACGAAUGCAGCGAGACCUUCGAGAACUGGUUGAAAAAUACAGAAGCUCAAUUGAAGCCAGAAAUUGAACUAAAAACUACUCUGGAUGAAAAACGUGCCCAAUUACAGAUCUAUCGCACCAUUUUGCAUGAUGCUCAAACGCAUCAGCAAGACUUACUGGAUCUCCGAGAUAAAGCAGAUAAUUUGCCCGAUCGUACCGAUAAGAUCGAUCAAACGCUGAAUAAUUUAACGAAUAGAUACAAUAUAUUACUAAAACGCGCGAUGAAAUUCGUAGAAAGGUAUGAAGGCAUAGUGAGCGAUCAUCAACAGUAUAGCAAAGCUGUUUUAGAUACGCAUGAAUGGCUGGAUGCCACUCACAAUGCUGUGAGUCUUUGGGGUGACGUGGAACUAGAGAGAGUAUCCUUGCACACAAAUUUGGAUCGCCUAAAGAAUCUAUUGCACAAUCUGCCGGAAGAUGAAUCGCGAGUGCAGCAAAUCAAGUCUCUGGGCGAAAAAGUAAUACCCGGUACUUUGGAAUCAGGACAGAUAAACAUCCGCUCGCAGAUUGAUUCUUCGCAACAAGAAUGGGAAGGCUUAAUCUCAGCGGUUAAGUCUACUAUCGAGUCUUUGGAGAACAAGCUUCAACAAUGGAGCGAAUUUGAGAUAUCGAAGGAACGAUGUUUAGCAUGGAUGAGAGACACUGACACAAAGUUACAUGCCGUCGAUCUCAAGUCCACUUUGGCAGAGAAAAAGACUCAACUCGAAAAAUUACGCACUCUUCAAGGUGAAGUUCGCGCUAAAGAACUAGAAAUUGACGCCGUUGCUGAGCGAGCUCAGCAACUGCAUAAAACUGUUACUUCUCGCACUUCUUACAUAUCGGAUUUGAGUAUCAAAUAUCAACAGAUUUCUAGCAAAGUCAAAGAGCUCAAUAAUCGUUGGCAUCAGUAUGUUACCACGCAUCAAGAUUUCGACAAUCAAUUGGCAGAAUGCACCACAUGGUUGGAAGACAUAAAAAAUAAACUGGCAUACUGCUCUGACUUAAGCGCAUCUUCGCAGAAAGAUUUGGAACAAAAAAUGGAUAUCGUACAAGAUCUAUUAUUAUAUAAAGAGGACGGUUUUGCAAAGGUUCAAGGUAUUGUUGAACUAGCCCAGGCUGUUCUAGCGAAUACAGCUCCUGCUGGCCAUCAAACUAUUAAUGACGCUUUAGCGAAACUUCAGGAACAAUGGAGCACCUUGGCGUCAAAGAUGCUAGAAACCAAAACAAACUUGGACGAUUCAAUAAACAAAUGGGCCGGUUUAUUGGAACAAAUACAAUCUAUUAAGAAGACGGUGGAAUACAUGCAAACAUCGAUCGAUGAGAUUUCACAGUUUCAAACAACGAUGUCAGAAAAAAGAAAUCAAUUGGAGAGAAUCAAAGUACUCGAGGAGAAAGUUCGUUGCGAGAAUAUUGAGGUUGAUAGUCUCAAAUGCAAAGUCGCUGAGAUGAUUGCGAGUGGUCAGCAAGGAUUAGCUGCCUCGCAAGCUCAAGAUAUACUGAACAGAUUCGACGAACUUUUUGAGAAGAUUAAAUCUUUAUUGGCUGAACGAGAGGAACAGUAUAAAGAUCACCGCCUUUACAAAGAAGCUCACGAUGAUCUUAUCGGUUGGCUUAGCCGGGCUCGCGAGAAAAUACCAUCUAUGAAACAGAGAUCACUUAGUGAUAAACUAGCGAUCGAGAGUGCAGUGGUACCGCUCGAAAGUUUGUUGAAUAAGAAAGCUCAAGGUGAAUUGUUGGUGGAACAUUUGCAGCAUACUGGAAAUGUUGUUUGCGCCAGUACUAGUCCCAUCGGACAAGAAGUUAUCAGGAACGAAAUACGAGCACUCACAGAAAGUUUCGAAGGAUUAUUCAAAGAAAUUCAACAACAGAAGAAUCAAUUGGAAGCUACUGUGAGUCAAUGGCGGGAUUAUAAAGAUGAAUACGAGAGACUCAGCGACUGGUUGCAACAGUUUGACAUUCUCAUCAAAGCUCAAAAAAAUGCUCUUUUGCCGAAUCUGAAAGAAAAGGAGAAGCAGGUGAAAGAAGUAAGGGAACUGCUCGAUAACUUAAUACAAGGCCAAGAGCAGAUUGAUAAAUUCAACAAAACGGCUACCGGUCUACUUUCGUCUCACUUGGAUACUUACGUCAACAAUCAGUUGCGACAUUUGAAUUCACGUUACCAGGUGCAAGUGAAUCUCGCAAAAGAUGUAUUAAACAAAGUUGAAACCAAUCUAACUCAACAUCAAGAAUAUGAAAGCAAUCUUGAGAAAGCCCGUGACUGGAUCGAGAAUGCCAAGCAAAUUAUACGUCAAGGAACAGAAGCUGCCUCGAGUAGCAGUCGCGAAGAAUUACAGAAUAGACUUGAUAAAAUCCAGGAAUUAUUAAGAAAACGCGAGGAAGGUCAGAACCUGAUACAUCUCACUGUAAAUUGUGGCGAGAAAGUCAUGAGAAACACGCGAUCGGAUGGUCGUGAAGAGAUCAACGCUCAGUUGAAAGAGAUUCAAAACGAUUGGGAGCGCCUGGUAAAAAAGAUUUCAACCACAAAAGUACAUCUCGAGACGAGUCUGUUGCAAUGGGCGGAUUACAGUUCGUCAUAUUCGCAGCUGCAGCAGUGGAUUAGUGAUCGUGAGGCUAAACUGCAACAAGUGUGCGAGCAAAAAGUUUCCAAAGCUCGAAAAGGCUUAGUUGGAUUGAGCUCUUUGGCAAUUGGAGAAAGAAAGGCGAACUUGCGACAAACUAACAGCAUCGUACAAGAUAUUGUGGCGUUUGAGCCAAUGAUUCAAUCAGUCACCACAAAGGCCGAAGACUUGCAACAAGCGACACCGGCCACGGAGAUUUCGAUUAAAUAUGAGACUCUGAGUAAACAAGCUCAAGAAUUAUAUGCGAAGCAAAAGGAGACUGUCGAACAGCAUCAGGCCUUCAUCGAUAGCGGUAAUGAAUUUAUUCAAUGGGUACGAGUAGCCAAAGAGAGACUUAGCAAGUGCUCGGAGCCUACGGGAGAUAAGGAAUCUUUGGCCAGCAAAAUCACACAGCUUAAAGUUUUACAGAGUGAAUUAUCUGAAGGUCAGAAGAAGCUGGAGAAAGCUUUAGAACAAGGUAAUGCCGCUUGUCAGAUCGCAGACGAUGAAGACAAAGAAAUAAUCGAAGAAGAAGUGGCGCUAUUACAAGAAGAAUAUGAUAAUUAUGUAGACUCGCUGAAUAACACAAAGAGUUUGCUCGAAGUCGGCAUAGUAAAAUGGACUGAAUAUGAGGAUCAAUUCUCCGAAGCUACAGAAUGGCUUACGCAAACUGAACAGUUAGUUCAAACGUUCAAUAAAUUGCAAGAUAGUCUGGAAGAGAAGAAAAACGUUCUCGAACAAUUCCAGAUUCAUUUGCAAACAUUGUUUGAUUGGCAAAAAGAGCUAGACCGCUUGAACAUGAAAGCUCAGAUGUUGUUGGAAACAUGUGCCGACACGAGAAUUUCUAAUGCAAUAACGCAACUCACUACCAAAUACAAUGCAUUGCUAUCUCUGGCUAAAGAAAUAAUGCGACGAUUAGAAUUACAUUAUCAAUUAAUUACUAUUUAUCAAGAAUGUCAAGAUUGGAUAGAGCGCACACGAGACAAAUUAAGCGAGUGCAAAGAUAUUCCCAGUACAUUAAGUGAAGUUAAUAACAAGUUACAUACGUGUAAAACUAUUCGACAGACGUUGGAGCAAGGUCAGAACAAAUUACGUUAUGCUCUGGAAUUGAAAGAAAAAGUCAUUAUGAACACGGAACAAAACGGCGCAGCAAAGAUUCAAGAAGACACCGAGAACUUAAAAAGCGAAUUUGAUAAGUUAUUAGUCGAUGUCGAAGAUGUGAGACAAAGACUGUCAACAAGAGCAAGUAUGUUAGAGGAGCUCAACAAAAUUCACCGACUUAUUUCGGAUUGGUUGGAGGAAGUUGAAGGCAAGAUUCAACCAGGAGAUGUAUACAGAAAUGAUCUUAGUGAGAAACGUGCUCUGUUAGAAAAAUAUAAGAUCUUGCAAAAAGAUAUUCACGGUCAUGGCGAAACGGUGAAUCGCUUAAAGAUUCGUCUUACUGAAAAUCACAGCAUAUCCAAAAGUCCGUACGAAUUGACAAUCAAUAAAUAUGAUAGUUUGAAGAAAUUAAUUUCUGAAAAAAUUCAUAAUUUGGAAGAUCAAGUCAAAGAUCACGAAAAAUUCCAACAAGCUUUGAACGAGGCAGGUGACUGGGUGCGUCAUACAAAAGUCGAACUUCAACAAUAUAGUGAUACUCAUGGCGAGAAAGAACGAAUUAUCGAACGAGAGAAUAAAGUCAAUCAAAUCAUCUCAUCCUUGCCAAAAGGCGACACGUUGAUUUUGAAAGUGAUCGAGCUAAGCGACGUUGUGAUCUCUAAGACAGGACCCGAGGGCCAAGAUUCCAUUAAGCAAGACAUGAAACAAAUACAGGCUGAUUGGAAAUCCUUGCAAGCACAAUGCAACGAUUCGCAACGAACUCUUGCCAACUGCAUCUCAAGCUGGUCCCAGUUCACGAAUACGUUAGAUGGUAUGAAGCGAUGGAUAGAUCAUUUCCAAAAGAAGAUUGCAGACGAACAGACUAAAGAUAAUAAAACUCCAGAGGAUUUAGAGCGUUGUAAAUAUUUGGUGGAAGAGGCAGUUAAACAAAAACCUGUUCUGGAAGACUUGAAUGACAAAUGUGAAGCUUUAUUAGAGAUUAGCGCUUGCAGCUGGGCGCGAGAUAAGACGGUACAAUUGCAAUCAGCGUACACGUCGCUAUUGACCGAUGCGCAAGGGCUCGUCUUCAAAGUCGAGAAGAACCUCGCCGAUCAUACUGAAUUCUUAAAAGCGAAAAAGGAGAUGGAGGAUUGGUUACGCACUGCUCAAGGCUCAGUAGAAGAUUGUAUCGGUGUAGGAGAUACGGCUUGGGCAAAGGAUAAAUUAGAAACCUUGAGGCUGGUGGCGACGCGCAUGACGGAAGGUCAACAUCUACUAUCGACAUUGCAAAAUGCUUUUGCAAAAGCAAUAAACAUGGUUCUUCCAGAACAACAAGAUCAGUUACGAUCGGAUAUGGCCAAUUUACGUUCAAAUUGGGAACAAUUAAGCAUAGAUCUUAAUACGGUUCAAGCUAAAGUAAAGUCGGUUUUGAAUCGCUGGGAGGAUCAUGCGGAAGUGCAUAAUAAAUUUGCAAAGUGGUUAGAAGGGAACGAAGGAAUUAUUAAAGGUUUUCCGGAUACAAAAGGCGAGUUUGGUGAGAUGAAAACAAUGCUUGAACGAUACAAACAUAUUCAAGAGGAAAUUUGUGAUAAAAAAUCCGACUUAGAUCAUUUGAUGACGGAAGCAACGGAAUUGUCAGCAUGGGCGAAAAAUAACACGACGCUAAACGAAACGAAACAUUUAUUAGACCGAUGGAAGACGCUAGCCGAACUUGUCGGCGAGAAGAAAAAGUUUAUGGAAAAUGAGAUGCAAGAGUAUAAUUCGUAUCAUGCUGCUUUACAAGAAACAGAAAAGUGGCUAUUGCAAAUCUCUUUCCAAUUAAUGGCACACAAUUCUCUCUAUAUUACCAACAAAGAACAAACGAUCGAACAAAUCAAACAGCAUGAAGCAUUAUUAGCUGAAAUUCAGAAGUAUCAGGAAGUAUUAGACGAACUAAAAUUGAAGGGUCAUGGUCAAAUAGAUAGAUAUGUCGGUGCGAAUCCUACUAUUAGAUCAACUAUAGAAACGCAAUUGCAAAAUGUUCAGGAUAGUUACAAUUCGUUGUUGAAUACCGCCCUGCAAAUCAAGAAUAGAUUGACAGAGUCUCUAACUAAAUUCCAGGAAUAUGAGAACACUCUGGAGAGUAUCAUGAAGAAUCUAGACAUGUAUGAGACGGAAAUGACUCAAGGAUUAGAAGCUCCAUUGAAUAACUUAAUUUCUGCUGAGCAGAGCCUCGAGAGUGCUCGAACUCUACACAACAAACUUCAAGCCGAAAAAGCUCGAUUGGCAUUAGCGGUGGAAGCUUGCGAAGCUGCGGCGGCAUGCGUCUCUAGACCCGGAAGUCCUCUUGAUGCUCCGCCUAUUCAAGUCCCCGCAAGAGAAGUCGAAGUUAGAACAAGACUCGAUGAUCUCAUUGAUCAGAUGCAAACGCAUUUGGCAAAUGUGAUGAAAACGGUAGGUCAAUUAGAGGAGCAAUUGCGACAAAAGAAUUCGCUUCGUGCUUGGAUUAAUCAGCAGAGAGCCCUCUGCGCUGAAUGGAAGUCACGACCAGCGAAAUUGCGAGAGGAGGCUGCUCAGGCCGAGUUGCAGGCAAUGAACGAAUUGCUCACCAAUGUAGGCGAACGUCGCACUCGCGCAUUAACGGAAUUAUCGAUCCAAGAAGAGGAUCAUGAUAUUGAGGAAGGAUUGAACAAACUGGAGACCGAGCUGACUGAAGCUAUCGCCGGAAAACAAGCAGCACAGGAUCUCAUCCAGAAAUACAGAUCACAAGUGCAGAAUAUUCAAACAUGGUUCGAUGGCCUAUCGAAGAAAGUCGACAUGAUUGAGAAGGGUAGUGGAUUGACUAUCGGUCAGAAAAUUUCAAAUCUUAAAGACAUUACAACCGAAUUUGAAUCUCAGGGAACAGAGAAAUUGGCAGAAGUAAAGAAAUUAGGCGACCAAGUGAUGGACUCGGUCAGCAAUCUAGAUUCUCAGCAAAUAGAAGAGCAAAUUAAGUCGAUAGAGAGACGAUACGCGGACAUUGGUAAGAAGUUACAAAGAAAAGCACAGGUCUUAGAGAUGACGGCACAAGGCAUCGAAGCAACUAGGCGAGAGAUCGAAGAGAAUCGAGAAUGGAUUAAACAGAAAAAGCAACAAGUAAAGAUGCCUGAAUUGCUUGGCUUCGAAAGCAAACAGGCGGAAGAAAGACUUCUCACUCUCAAGGCUAUGUUGAAAGAAACAGAUGGAAAGCAAUUGAUUAUAGAUACAUUGGAAAAGAGAGUUGGAAAUAUGCAGAACGAACUGGAAACCAGCGAGCAGCAGCAAUUAGAAGCUGACACGAAAUCUUUGCGCGGCGAACAGGUUGAAUUAUGCGCCAUUUUGAGAGAAGAAAUAUCCAUCGCGAAUGCGGCAGCUGAUGCACGUCGCAAAUUAGAGACUGAUAUUAAAAAAGCACGAAAUUGGAUAAAGUCUAAAGGCAACGAUUUAAAGAAACUUAGCGGAUAUCUGCCUUUGAGAGCUUCGAAAGUUGAGCAAGAUAUUGCACAACACAGCGGAUUGGAAACGGAUAUCGAUUCCUUUAAUGAAAGCAAUCUUAAAGAUAUUCUUAAACAAGGGCACAAUUUGCUGAAAGAUUGUAAUGCAGACAGUCGCACCAAACUCCAGGCCCUUCUGGACGAUCUAAGUAAGGAUUAUGAGGAAUUGAAGAAGGAGGCGAAAGAAAAACAAGCUUCGUUAGCAGAUCUUCUUCAGGGACGCAAGGCUUUUGAAAGUGAAUUAGACAAGUGUCAACGAUGGAUUAAGGAAGCUGAAGUGGCUACCUCUUCUGAGUUGCGACCUUCCAGUCUUGACAUUCUUCGUGAACAACUUGCUAAGUACGAUCGAUUGAAGAAAGAGGCACAAGAAUACGGUGAUGACAUAGAAAAAAUAAAUCAACAAGGAAAAUCAAUUUUACCGACUGUGAGUGAUGCCGAUAAGCAAGAAUUGAGCGAACAGUUGAAAAAUAUGAAAGAAGCUCACGGACGAGUGGCCGAUGUGAUAAAUGAAAGAGCAAUUGCACUUCAAAAGAAUAUAGAUGAAGCUGAAGAAGCUGCCGCACGAGUGGCGGAGGCAAUUCAAUUCAUGACAGACAUUCAGAAAGAACUUCAUGAUCUGAAUAAACCGAUUGGUGCUCGUGUGGAAGAUGUGGAAGGAAUGUUGGCCGCUUAUGAAAGAAUUUUGGACGAUCUCAAAGCAAAUAAAGCCAAAUUAUCUGAUCUUCAAUCUGCUAAUAUAGGAGAUCUACAUGGUGUUCUAGCUCAACAAGAUGAUUUAAUAAGAAUUCUCGAAGCACAAAUAGCGAAACUUCGUCAGUUGCUGUUAUUACGGCAACAAUUUAUCGCCUUGAUCGCAGAGAUUACUACUUUCAUUGCCAAGUAUACUGAAAUUGUUCGAGAUAUUGAGAAAUCUGGACAAACAACGGAAGAGAAAAUUAAAAGGUACGACGACGCUAUAUUAAAAAUUCAGGAAUGCGAAGCUACUCUCGCUAGUGCAACGGACAAAGGACAGCAAAUAGCGGCGGAAGGUUCGGUUGUAGAUAGGAAUAACGUGACGGAACAACUGCAAUCGUUGAAACAACAAUUACAGGCUCUCCGAAGGGCAGUAGAAACUCAAAGAGAGCAACACGAACUGGCGGCAGCUGAGCAUAGAAGACUCGCUAGUGAAUUGGCAGACAUUCUUGACUGGCUUGAGAGCAAGGAGAAAGAAGUUAAAUCUAGACCAUUGUUGGAAAGAGAUCCAGCGAGCGUUGAAGCAGAAUUAAAGAAACAUCAUGCCCUUUGCGCUGAUGUAAAUGAAUAUCUAGAUAGAAUCAGAAAUCUAAAGGAAUCACUGCGACAUGAAGAAGGAAUGCCUGGAUCCUUAAAAGAAAUGUUAAGCGAAGCAAUUUCUUUGUUGACAUCCUUACCGCGAGAGAUGGAAGAGCGUGGAAAUUAUUUCGAGAGUAACAUGCAGAUGAGAUUGGAUUACGCAGCUCUUACAAAUAAGCUUCACAGCUGGGCUCGUGAAGCUGAGAUUCGGCUCGAGAGCAAUAAAGAAGGACUCGAUUUUGAAAACAUUUUUAGCGAUCUGGAAGAACACAAGAUAUAUUUCAGCUCCGAAUCUUCGAUACGCGAACUCGUGUCACAACAGAUUCAACAGGUGGCAGAUAAAAUCUGGCCGUCUUUGGAUAGUUAUGAGCAGGAAGAACUAGGUGCUCAACAACAGCAGCAUACUCAGUUGUUAAAGAACACUCUUAAUACGGCUAAAUCGCAACGUUCACGGUUGGAACAGGGUGCAGAGAUGUGGAGGGAUUAUACACAAAGCUUGGAACGUGUUCGCGCCGUUAUCAGCAGAACUAAAUUUACGGAUGAACCGGUCACAACAUUAGCUGGAUUGCAAUUCAAUAUUCAGAAAAUUACGCAUGCUCUGAAUGACAUUCAGAAUCAACAAUUCGAGUUGGAUCUUUUAAAUGAACGUGGACAAGAAGUCCUCCGACUCGCAGAUAUUAAUAACAAGAAAGCGAUAGAAUCACAGCUUUCCGAGAUCAAUUUGCAAUGGCGCGAAUUAGUUUCGGGACUCGAAGGACGCAGGGAUGCACUCGAGGCAUUAUCGCGACAUUGGGAAGACUUGGAAGCGCAAUGGGCUCUCAUCGAAUCACGAUUGAUCGCGACUGAGGAAAAAAAUAAACUCGUCGAUACAGUGGUGCGAUCGAAACAACAUUUACAUGAUACUGUUAAAGUAUUAGAAGAACUUGUAACGGAAGCUGAAAAACUUAAACCUGAAACGGAAGAAGUGAAGAGUUUGGCAGGACCUGUACUUGCCUAUCUCGCAGCGUUUACGGAAGCACCAGCACGAAAUCUUGAGGAACGCCUUGAGAAACUACAAAAAUCCGUCGAAUCACUCGUCGGCUCUCUUCGUGGGAAGUCCGAGAAGGCGAACGAGGAUCUAGAGGCGCUCGAAAACAUCGAACGUGAAAUCGAGCGCCUGCGAAAGCGACUAAACGAGACGCGCGAAAACGCGUCGAACUUAUACGUUUACGGCGUUGAUCAAGACGCGAUCGAGAUCGAACUGGGAGAGCUGAACUCACAGGUUGAGGAUCUCGUUGAUACCGUCAAGAACUUCUCAGGAAGCAUUAAGGCGCGGUACCAAGCUAGCCAGCAGCUAGUACCAAGUGACAUUACCCAGCAUCUGACCGCACUCGAGCUUUGUGCCGAAGCAACGACACAAACAAUGGAAGAAAAACAGAGAGAGCAGAAACGUGCUAGGACUGUUAGGUCGGAUUAUCUAACCGACGUGGACGAGGUGCAAGCAUGGAUUCGACAAGCCGAGCUCAAGGUACAGGACAGAUCAAUCGAACCGGCUAUCCUCAGAGAAAAUCUCAGACAAAUACAAAAUGAGCUGGGCACGAUUAGCGAUAAGCUCGAACGACUGACGAGGAAUGGGCAAACCAUCGUCAAGAACACGAGGGACGACACCGAAAAGGAGCUAAUCAAUAGCACGAUCGAUAAUCUUACUGAACAACUAGCGCAAAUCAAGAGUUGGUUGGAAGAGAAAAAACAAAUCGUGGGCGACACCUUAGAUGCCUGGCAGAGGUUCCUUGCACUUUAUGAGGCUGUUAAGACAUGGACGGAGGAAAAACGACAAUUCCUAGUCGAACCACUGAAGCUCAGCACUCUUCAGCAAGCCAGACAGAGAUUGCACGAAUAUUCGACAGCAGUCAAGAGCUGCAAGCAGGUGAAUAAAAAUCUUAGUGACAUGGGCAGAGAAUUGGAGAAUAUCGGUCAGGUAACUACCGUGGCGGACCUACCAGAGAAGUUGGCCGAAGCGGAAGAGGGCAAAGUCCAAGUUGAGGGUCAACUAUUGGAAAGGAAUGCAUUACUGCAAGAGGCCAGUGAAGAAUGGGAGCAAUGCGAGAGGAAGAUGAAGGACGUGCGGAGCUGGAUGGAGAAGGCCAAGCAGACGCUGGAAUUGCCACAGAAUAAGAAGAAACCGUUGCGCGAUCAACAUGCUAUUCGUGAGAAAAUGCUUAGCGACAUCGCAAUUCAAAAAACAAAGAUCACGAUCUCCGUAGAAAAGCUCGAGGUGCACUUUAGGUCCGGUAUCGUCGGCGACAACCGGGUGAAAGAUAUUGCCGACGAUCUGAUCGCCGAACUCAAUACUCUUCACAGCACCGUUAAAGAACAGACAACUUCUUUAGAAGUUUGCUUAGCGCAGAUAGAUCAGUAUCAACAGGAAAUUCAACAGUUGAGACAACACAUUGUGCAGGUGGAGCAACAAUUGAGGACGGUGCUCAGCCCGACGUAUAUGCCGAAUGAUCGAGAAAAAGCUCUUCAAGAGCAACAGAGCCUGCAACAACGGAUGGAGGAUUGGAAGCAACGCAGCAAGACAUUGGUGGAUCAGAUACACGAGGUGGAUCCAUACUACAUACCCACCAACGAGUACCGGUUCAUAGGCCAAGCCUCGUAUGCCGAUAUUGCAGCAGGACGUACCAAUAGUCCAAGCUCGAGAAACUGUAGUCCAUAUAGACAACGAGAAGUCACUCCUCCUACCGUGACCGCACAAGUAUUACGACCCACGGUUAUGCAAACUCAAAAGUUGACUACGGAACAUCCUCUUUCGUUGGACGAGGCACAAAUCUCAAAGAUGCAAAUUCAUAAAAAUGACACGAACAUAAAUAAAUCAAAAUCGCAAUUACAAACCGAAACACGCGUGCCAACAACAGAUGAUCGAAACACAAUCGGUGCGGAAGAAUGUCAGCAAGCUGUAUCAGAAGUCGAAUUAUCCAUGCCACGUCGAGGACGAUCACCUACACGCAAGACAAGCUCAUCCAAAGUGAAAAACCCCAAAAUAAUAGCGGAUCAAGAAGGAGAAAUCGACAAAUGUGAUAAUCUUGAAUCUGGCGUGAAUUCCAGGGAAGAAACGCAAACGGAGCCCGCGAAGAACUCUUUAGCACCAUGUGAAGAACGAAGAGGACGUUCGCCCAGUCCCAUGUGGGUUCCCGGUUCUACUUCCUACGCUGAUAUCCUUCGUGGAUGUAUACAGACAACGCAGAUUACUCCUCCUGCGCAACCACCCAGACAAAAAAUGGUUUCUUUAUCCGAAGAAUCUCGACGGAGUCGAAUGGAAGUUCCUCGCGUGGAAGAAGUCACGGAACAAGAUAUGACAAAUGCUAAAAAGUCUCAACAAGUCACAGAGAUCCAGCAAAUUGUACCGACGCAAGAAAUACAGGCGGAAAAUAUGCAAAUCGUAGAGACUUACUCUCAACCUGAAACGGAGAAAACAGAGGAUCAAAAUUACACUGAAUCUGAACCGACUAAUUGGACUGAUGAGUCCUUGCAAGAUUACAAUGUAUUGCAACAUGUGAAAUCUUAUGAGAAUGUGCCACAACAGCAACCGACAGAGAUCUAUGACUAUAUGAUACCGGAGACGAUGCCGGAAUUGGUAGGUUUCAUCGGGUCUCAUCUUGGAACGUAUCCAGUAAGUUCGUACGUUUACGCGCCGUCCGGUCAUCAUCAGCAAGUACAACAACUCGAUCAAAUAAACUUGAAUCCUUAUGAUAAUAGUUCCUUAGCUUACGCGCCAGAACAUUACGUUGCACCAACCGCAUAUCUUUCGGCAUCGGACAUUUAUCAGCAGACUCCGAUGCAGCAACCCGUUAAUGAUAUGAGACAUACAACUGCGAUAGUGAUGGAAAAACCUGUUGAGGUGCCAAUAAUUAGACAAUCUGAAGUUCCUAAAGACGUGAGUGCGACUGAACUUAUCGAUAAGCCUGAACAGCAAAAAUCUAUGAAUAUCUCAAAUGUAGAAACUUCUACAACGAAUAAAACAGAAGGAAGGAAUACGUCAUCAUUGAAUAAUAUGGAAAAAGGGCAAACCUUUUCGUACGCGCAAAUACUUUCGCAUGGACUCAGUCCACGUGUUACUUCGACACGCAUCGUUAGUGAAUCUACAGCCGCGAAUUAUCAAAGUAAAGAACGUUCCGAUUCGCCAAAAGAAUCACUCGAGUUACCAUCUCGCGAAUUGUCACCAUUGCAGGAACCGAAAUUCAAACAAGAAUCGCCAUCAUUCGCGGUUACAUCUGAUGAGCAAUCUAAACAAUCCAAAGAAAACGAUUGGGACACGAUGAAGAAACGGGAGGUCAGGAAGAGGUAUCAGCACUCGAACGACAAAAUUAAACAGACGGAUGAGAAAAAAUCUCGAAAGCCUAUCGAUAAAUCAAAGGAAAAACAAAAGAACGAAAAAUUAACUCCGCCGAAAAAAUUGGAAAUGCAAGAUGAAUCGUUUCUCGAUAAAAUCAGCGAUAGGCCAAUGCAAAAAGAGGAAAAAGUGCAGCAAGAACAGUCAGCAAUUGAUUUAGAUACAAAUCCAUCGCAAGAAAAGAAACGAAGACAAAAGAAAAAGAAAAUAGAUAAAUCAGUGGGAGACGAAAUUGACAAAGCUCUUAAAGAAAUUGAGGAUAUGGAUAAACAAAAAAUAAGAUCUCAGAAAGACAAACUUAAAGAGCAGAAUAAGGAAAUCAAAUCUCGAGAUUCUGUUAAUGAGACGAUAGAACAACAUAACGAUGAAAGACAAAGCAAAUCUGAUGAAAAGUCCAGGAAAUCAAAAAAAUCUAAAGAAGCAACAAGAACAAAAGAAACUAUAUUUAUGGAACAUGCCAUGUUACCAAGUGAAAUCAAAGCAAACGAUAAAAAUAUUUUAAAAGAUGACGUGGAAGAUAAAAAAGAUACGAAGGAUGCAAAAAUCUCAGAUUCCAAAAAUGAAGAGAAAGUCCAAAAAGAUAUUACCAAGGAAAUGUCGAAAGAAUUGCAACUUGACAACAAUAGUCACAUUAAUUCUAACAAACUCGACAAUGUAACGAAAUGUAAGAACAAAAUUGAUAAAGAUACAAAAAUCAAAGAACAAAACAGAGAGGCUUCAGAAAAUAAAAUGCAGUAUCAAUCGGAUGUUCUAAGUAAUAACAAAAAGGAUAAAAUAAAUAUAGUCGAUGAAAAUAAUGUAACAAAAGAUGUAAAAUUAUUAGUUACUCAAAAAAUCGAAUUGGAAGAUAUAAAUGAAAAAACAAAUACGUCUACAAAAAUUGAAAAUAAAAAACAUAAAGAUGCUUCAAAAAAAGAAAAGAAUAAGACAAAGUCAAAAGAGAUAAAAUUGGAAGCUGAAAAUAGUAAUAUAAAUCAAGAAAAGCUUGAAAUCAGUAUUAAAGAAAUAAUUGAGGACAAAUCUUUGAAAUCAAUUAAACCACUAACUGAUAUUGAAAUAAAAGAUUCCGAAUCAAAGACGCUUAAUAUUACAAAAAUUGCUAGCGAUAUAAAUGAAAGCAAAAAAAAUAAAACCAAUCCUCGAAAAAAAGACAAAGUUUCUAAGAAUAAAAUAAAAUCUGAGGCCAUAAUUGAUCCGUCAUCUAUAAUUUCAACAAGCAAAGUUUUGGAUGAAAUUAAAAUAAAUGUAAACGGUACAGAAAAAUAUGUCGUUUCAAAAUCAGAACAAAUGAUCGAUGCAGCUAAAAUUGCAGAAGCAACAGUAGUUCAAGAAACUACAAAAGAAAUAUUAUUGCCUGAAACAGUUCAACAAACAGCACAGGAAAUUGUACAAAUUGAUAAAAAUGAUAAAACAUAUGAUUCAGCUAGAGUUAAAGAAAGUAAAGAAACAGAGCAUCAAACAAACGCUGAAUUAGAAGUUGAAAGUUUCACGGCAGAAAAUUUAGAGAUCGAUACAAUGGAUGAGAAAGAAGAAAUUAAUAAUACAAAAGUAAUUGAAAAAACUAAAAAACCAGAAGUAGAGAAAUGUCAGAUAAAAACAACGAAACAGAAAAAAUCCGAAAAAACAAAGUCUAAUGUUCAAGAUACAAGAAAAGAAAAUCGUACUGAAAUACCGCAGCAUGUCGAAAAUAAAAUUGAUAAAAAGGAAGAUGAACUUAAUAUCGAAUUUUUAAUUGCACCUUCAAAAGAAACUAUCAUUCAAGAGCAAUUUUCGGAAAAAACAAAUGUGACUGAGCAACAUGUAUCAGUACUUGAUAACAGCUGCCUUUUUCAAUCAAAAACAGACACUGAAAAUAAUCAUGGCGUUAAAAUAGACAAGGAAGAAGAUAUAGUAUUCGGCCAAGUUAAUAUAUCAACUGAAAAAUCUACAGUAUCUGAGACGGAUUUGGCUAAACCUACUAUAAUAACUAAGAAUGUCGAAAUUAUUUCUACUACAGAAACACUCCCUGAAGAAUCUGAAGUUUCUUCAGAAAUAAGUAAUAUCGUUUCGGACAUAGAAGAAAAAUAUCGGAAUAUUAAAAAUGGGAAAUUUGAUCACCAUAAAGAAACAAUGAUUGAAAACGAAGAUAUUAAGACUGAUAUAAACGAUAAAAAUUCUCUACUAACAGAGGAUAUUAAAAAAUCGAAAGAUAUUGCAUCCAAGGAAAAAAUGUCGAAACGUACGAAGAAAAAAGAACACCUGUCUCCUAAGCAUGCAGCUGAACAAACGAAACAAUCUUUUUACGAUAAGUUCCAAGAAGAAAUCGUUUUCAAGCAUGAUUCAACGAAGAAAGAAGAAACCUCAAAGUUUACAAAUCAAUCUCUUCCGAAAAUUGAUAAUGUUGAUAACGAAAAGACACAAGAAUCAUCGAAUAAAAAUGAAACUGAAACUGAAUUUGAUUCUAAAGUUUCAAGUGAUUCGGUCAACAAAGCUCAAGUAUAUAAAAAAUACAUAAAUGAAACACAUAAUAAUUUAGAAUCCGAACAACCGUCUUCGAUAGGGAAGGCUUUGAUUAUAGAAAAAAUGAUUACUACCGUAACGACUACCACCAGCGUUCCAGGAUCGGUAAAGGUCAAGCCACCCGAUGUCAAGUCCGUUAAAUCGGUAGAAAUAAUAGAAAACAUACCCCUUCCCAAAAUUGUAGGUUCCAAAGUUAUUGAGUUAAUCACUUUGCGUCCUGAAACUGUAGAGGCUAGUCUUACUACUACUUACGCUAGGGUACCAAAUGAUUCUCUCGUUAGUAUGCAAUCGGAUCAGGCAGCGAUUUCUCAAAAAGUAGGUUUAACUUCCGCGAUUUCCACCGAAAGCAAUGUGAUAUCCGACGAAAUGAUCCUAUUCGGUAGCGUGCAAGAUAGGAGAAGGGUUUGUUCGAGCACUCCAGAAAAUCGCGAUAUGUCAAAUAAGUCCCCGCCAAUGACUUCACCCAAAAAGGAGAAAGGAGAAAUUAUUACUCAAUUAAAUGAUAUAGAAGGAUUGGAAAAUCAAUUAAAGGUAGAAAUUUCUGAAGAAAAACGAGAGAAUGAAAAGGAGAAUACAGUUAUAACAACAUCAGAAAAUAUUGCUGUUGAUACUAUUUUGACACAAAAUGAUAAUAUUAUAGAAGACCAAAAUAUUGAUAAUUCAGAUAAAAAUAAUUAUAAUAUAUUAAGUGAAACUAGUCAAGCUGAUUCAAAUAUUUUAAUUGAGAACGAUAAAUGUACAAAUGAAAAUGAAGUCAAUGUUGCUAAUACAAUAACUAAUAAUAUUCAGGAAAAGGUAGAUAGAAAAACAGAAUUUACAAAGGAAUGCGAAAGUGAACACACAAUCAGAAAAGUAAAGAGUAAAGAAAUACCUGAAAGUUCGAAAAUAAAGAAGGAAAUAGUGCCUGAACAUUUAUUAGAUCUUAUUAAACCUUAUGCGAUGGACCGCCAUGCUUACAAUCAUGCAGAAAGUAAUUUUCACCGUUACUUUAAAGUUGUUAAAACAGUAAAAAAAGUACAACCUGCUGUUACAGUUCUUACAAGAUCAGAAAGCAUAGAAAGAAUUGUACAAGAUUCGAUAAUGAAACCGAUCGAUGUUAAAUCAUCGAACCAAGAAAUGAAUGAAAGCAAUUAUAGAAGACAUGCUUUUAUCGUAGAAGCGCCAAAAUAUCCGAUCACCAGUUUUUACGAAUUUGAAUCGCAAUGGAUUAAAAUGAAAUUCAUGCCUGAAAAAUCCGUAUCUAUUUCUUCUGAUGACUCUCAAGUAUCUGUAAAAACUGCAAUAGAAAGAGAGAAACAAAUUGUUAAUGAAAAGGAAGCUAUAAAUGUAGUGUCUGACUUUACAAAGGAUACAAUUGCGAUUGUAGAGAAACUUGAAACAAUCGAAACAAAUGAUAGUGAAGAUAAAGAUAAAAAAUCGAAAGAUUUACAACAAUCUGUACAUUUAGUUUCAGACGAUUCUUGGAUGAGUAUUUUAGAUGAACCAAUGAUGAUUGAAGACGAUUUUGAUGAUACAUUUAAUUCAGAAGAAAAUACAAUUGAUGAAACGGUAGAUACAAAAUUGAUAGAUAUUGAAAACCAAUAUCGAACAAAUGAAAUACAGAUACAAGAAAAACGAUUAUCCGAAAAUAUUUCUGAAGUUGUAGAAAUUCCAUCGUGCAUAGAAUCAAUUGAAGAGAUUCGAGAACCAACUAUAACUUUAGUUAGCACAUCUGCUAAUAAUACGCUAUUUAAUAAUAAUGUAAAAGAUUUAAUUAGUAUUACUAAUGAUUCAAUACUACAAUCAGUUAUAGAAUUAAAUGUCUCCGUUGAACCAUCUACCGAAAAAAUCAGUAAUAAUCAGUUAACAGAUGCAGAAAUAAUAAUAGAUACAAAUAUUCAAGAAAACAAAACCGAUAUAAAAAAUAAUAUUGAAACCGAUCAAGAAAUUAAAGAAAAACCAACAAAGAUAUCAUCUGUACAUCUAGAAUCUGAUGAUGCUUGGAUGGCUCUUCUUGAGGAAGAAAUAACAAUUGAUGAUGAUUUCGAUGAAUUGGAAACAAUAAAAGAUAGCCAAAUUAAAAAAAGAGAAGAAGACAUUGAAAUAAAAAAAGCAAAAACUAAACAAGAAAUCGAAGAAAAAGAAAUAAAAAAGAAAAAAUCAAUAAUUGAAAAACAAGAAGCCACAGUAGAACAGAAGAAAGAAUCAAUUAUUGAAGAACAACAAAAAAUUGAAAAAGAAACAAUAAUUGAAAAACCAGAAGAAAUUAAAGAGAAAAAUGUAAUUGAGAAACAUGAAGAAGAAAAUAUUGAGAUUAAAGAACAAAAAACUGAAAUUUUAAAUGAUACGUCCCUAACAGAAAUUGCUGUAAAAGAUGAAUAUCAUACUAACAUAAAAGAUAUUAAAAAUGAAACGGUUACGAAUGAAAAACAAAACGAUAAAACAAAAAAUCAACCAAGGAAAAAGAAAGAAUUAAAACAUGCUAAAGUCACAAAAACUAAAGAUCAAGCGAAGGCUAAAACUGCAAACAAGCAGAGUGACAACAUUAAAACAGACAUCAUUAAAGACGAUUUAUCAGACGAUUUACAAAGUAAUUUAGAAGAACAUAAACUGGAAAAUAAAAGUGAUUGUAAAACAAAAGAAACAGAGAAAUCUUUGAUAAUAGACAAACAACAGGUUGAAUCGCACAAAGAUAAAGAAGAGUGUGAGAAACGUGAAGAACGUAAGCCGAAAUCCAAAAAAUCCAAAAAACAAAAUCAGAGAUCUGAAAUUAUUCUUAAAGAGAAAUCAGCAUUGGUGAAAUGUGAGGAUAACUUAAAUAAAGAUGACAGUAUUGUUCUCUCUAAAGCGGCAGAAUCCGAUGUCACAUUUGAAACAUCAUCAAUUGUGGAAAACCAAAAACAAGAAUCAAAGGAUGACAUGCCUAAAUAUGACAGUCGAUUAAAUCCGAAUGCUAAAUCAUGGGCAGCAAUUGUUGGUAAAAAAGGUACAACAGAGACAACUGUUACUAUGAAAGAUGACUUUUUAAACAUUCAAACAUCCGCUAUUAUUCAAGAUACAAAUGAUAAUGUCACAAAUGUUGUAAAAGAAGCACCGAUUGAAUAUGAUUCAUGCGAAAUUCCAUCAAAAGAAGAAACACUCACAACGCACUUACCUUUAUUAGAAAAGCAAAAUGACAUUGAAGAAUUAAAAGCAAUAGUGGAUGAAAUCAAACCGAUCGAGGAGAAAUCCACAGAACUCUUGAAACAGCUUAAAGAAAGUAAUAAAUCUUACGCACAAGUUACAGCUUCCUCCCGAAGAACUUCUCCUCAGAUUUCUCAAGAAGAAACGUACUCAGUAAAAACUAUUCCAUUAAAGACAGAUUAUUCGGCGAUUAAUGUAAAAACAUCCAUUUCAAAUGAAAUGCAUGAAGAUUUUAUUACAGAAGAAUUACAAAGUCCAUUAGAACAAGAUAACAAACAAGAUGAAAUGAUAGUACAGUCUUCUGAUUAUAAAACAGUUAUCGCAAACCUCAGUUCCCAAGAAGAAUCAAUUCCUUGGGUAGAAGAAGUGGAAAAAGAAACAAUGGCUGUUUCGACUAUCUCUAUUGAUUCAAUCAAUACGAAAGAUAAUGAAACAUAUGUAAAAUCAGAAAAUACAUGGGCUACAAUAGUUGGUAAAAAAUCUAUAGAAUCAUCGGAAGGUAAUGAUAUUAUUAAUCUCGAACAAAGAGAACAAAGAGAAUUUCCUAAACCAGAACAAAAUAUAGAACCUCCGCUGCAAGUCCAGAUUUAUGUGGAGGAGGCUCCUAAACAAGAACCUAUAGAGAAUUUAGUUCAGGUAGACGAACAAGGUUUUAUAGAAUUUGUUAAUCGGAAGGAAUUACGUUUUAGACGUUCCAGAUCGCGCUCACGAAAUACUAGACAAGAUAAAAGAUACGCAAACAAAGAAAUAAAAGCACUAGAUAUAAAAUCUGAAAAUAGUAAAGAUAUUAAAGCUAAAGAAGAAAUUGAAAAUAAAAUUAAGCAAUCUGUACAAAAAACUGAAAAUGAACAGAGAACAGUUGAUGAGAACGACGAAUUAACAAAGAUUAUGAAAGAAGAAAAUGCCAAAUCAUCUAAAAGCAGAGAUAAAGACAAACAGAAAAAUGAUUCGAAUGAAAACACAAUGCAAUUUGCAGAAAAUAAAAGUCAUAUUGAGAAUAAAAUUAUUCAAGAAUCAAAACCAAGCGCAACACUUAAAGGUAAAAAGAUUAAAUCAAAAAAUAAAGCUGGUAAAGAUUAUAUGAAACAACAAUCUGAAGUUAAUGAACACAAAGAAUUAAAACAUAUCGAAAAACCGAGAGAAGAUAAAUCUGCAAAUGAAAACAAAACAGAAUAUAAUAAGAUCCAAUCAGAAAAUAUUAAAGAUCAAUCAAUAAAAGAAAUAGAAUUAAUUAAAGAUACAGAGCAUGCGCAAGAGAAUAAAUGCAAGGAUAUAGCACUUCCAAUUAUAAAUCAAGAUAUUACGAAAUCUAAAAAGAAGAAAAAUAAAAAGAGAAAAUUUGUAAUUGAACUGAGUGAAAGUACUUUUGAUAUAGACAAAAAGACAGCUAUAGCUGAAGAUUUAAAGAAGAAAACAGAAUUGCCACUAGAACCAAAAUUAGAUGAAGUAAAACUUGAAGCAGUUACUAUAGAUAUGACAUGCAAUAUACUUACGUAUCCAGAAAAUGAAGAAAUUCCAGCAGAAAAAAUUAAAAGACAAGAAAAUAUUAAACAAGUUAUGAUUCCUACAGAAAAGAAAACUACAGAAAAAGAAAGUAUUGAACAGAAAAUGAUAGAUGACGAAUCGAAAAAUACAGAGAUACAUACAAAAUCUUAUUUAGAAAAAAUAGAAAAAAAUAUUACGGAAGAAAAAGAAAUUCCUAAAUUCACAAAAGCAGAAAAACGUAGACAGAAGAAAAAAGUAAAAAUAGCCCAGAGCAAAUUUACUGAUUUAUCUGAAGAUAUAAAUACUAUUGAAAACAUUAAAAUAAAAGAAAGCGCAUCAUCAAAAGAUAAAAUAGAUGAUGAGUCAAUAAUUGAGAUACAAUCUGUACAAAGAGAAGAAAUUGAGAAACCUUUGGAGAAAUUCGAAACUGUAAAUGAAACCUCACUUCCACAUAUAACUUCGCUAAAAGACAACCAAAAAACUAAAAGCAAACCCAAAUCGAAAAAAGAGAAACAACAACAAGACGAUAAAACUAAGUCUCAAAAUUUUACAACUACAUUUAUAACUGAGCCUAAGGAAAUUGAAACUCUAUCCAUUGUAGAAAACACUGAAGUAAAUUUAUCUAAAGACAUAGAAAUAUGCGACAUUACGCAAACUAAGGAAGAAAAUAUCAAAGAUCAAAUAUUAAACGAUGAAAUAGUUGAAAUUUUACAACCUCCAAAAAAUGUAAUUACCAAAGAUCAUUUCUCUAUUGCCACGGAAACAAUUAAGCAAGAAGACAUUAAAGAAUUAAAAGAAAAUAUUCUUGAAGCCCAAGAAGUACUCAAGGAUAUUAUGACAGAAAAAACUGAAAUUGACUUGCCUCAAACAGAAGAAUCUAACAAUAUUUGUUUAUCUAAAUCUGACAAUAUUUUGAAAUUACAUGAUAUUACAAUUAAUAAUGAUAGUACCAAAAUAGAAUCGGUAUUGAUAUCAGAUAAAAUAAAUGAUGAAAUUGAAACAGAAACUCCAGUUAAUCAUAUUUGCAUGCAAAAGGAGUUACCGUGUGACUCGGUAAAUACAGCUAUAAAACAUUCUCUACCGUCAAAUAAAUUAUCUUCAACUGUGCAACAGUUCGAAGACGAGGAUAAAUUGAAACGCAUUGCAAGUACCGAACAAGAAAAUUCUAAUAUUUUAGUUGAGCCAUCCAAAUCUAAAGUCCAAUUCUAUAUAGCGGACGAGAUCUUAGUUCUGACUCCUGAUCGACGAAAACACGUUCCAUCAACAUCCUUCUUGCAAGAACAAUCUGAUUCGUGUACAACUGAUUCGUGUACAAUUAAUUCAUGGUUCCUGUCCAUUGAUGAUGGUUUUUGGCCUGACAAACGACCCUAUCACGAAGCUGAGCGUGAUCAUUUCGAGAACUUAGCCUUACAUACAAAAAAAAAUCUCUCACAUAAUAGUAAACGUGAUUCCGACGAUCGUCCUCAAGAUCACGACGACGACAAUUCGGGCGGUGGUAGCGGUGGUAGUAGGUCAUGGGAUUCUUGUGGAAACUCAUGUUCUCUUCUGGGUACACCUCAGACAGAGCGUAUGAUAGCCGAUCUACCCGGUGGCAUAUGUAGCUGGAGCGACUAUAGCACUUAUCUAUCGAGCGAGAGUGAGCGGACAAUGGAUCACAAUCUACUACUCGGCACGAUCGAGGAUCCAACAUUACAUUCGGAUUUAUCUUUGGAUAAUUCGUUGCCAAACAAAAUCCAGUCAUCAUCCCUUCCCUCCCAGGGUCCGCAGACUGAAUCGUGCAUGGAAUCUCUUGCAAACGUCGAAAUAACACCGAGGGAAUAUCCUGUCUCUUCUUCGAAUAGUUUCCGAAGUUCCAAUGAUCCUAGCACUUGCACCAAAUCAUCGACCUUUACCCACCUUCCACAAUCCAAACUGCAUUUAGGUAAAGAGACGAGGGAGGGAUCCGUGCAACGGUGCAGCCCGAACGGGGAGGUGGAGAGAGAGACGGCUAAAGGCGAGGCUGAAAGGAUACGCAGGAUCCAGGAUAUUGAAGAAGGCCUCGCUUCUUUACAAGCAAGACUUUUGAAUCUCGAAGGAACGAUGAGCUAUUUGCCUCGAGAUAGUAUAGAGUCUAUGCUUUCAUCUCUUAUGACUAUAUUAAUGGAGCUUCGCGCCUACGAUGAGGAUGCUAUGCAACUUCAAAAGCGAUUACAAGAAAUUCCUGCCGAUAUUGAAUCUCAAAAACUCUCGGUAGCUUUAACGGGAAUUCAUACACGCGUCACUUCCCUUCUCAAUCAAGCAGAACAAGGGAGGACAGCUCUGGAACAAGCACGAGAAAUUCGAGAGAAACGUGGCCAAGAGAUUCAUACUUAUAAAUUAUUCCUUGAAGAGACAGAUACUUGGUUAAGAAAUGUUGUAUCAAAAUUGCAUGAGCAACAUUCAAUUAAUACCAGCAAGGCUUUACAGGAAGAAUUAACGAGUCGUGCACAUCAAGUCUCAGAACUCGAAUCAUUGCCGGAAGUGAGCGCGCUAGCAAUAGCGUUGAAGGAAGCCCUCUUGGACGUAAUUGACCGUCUCCAACGAAAGCAGCAGGAGAUCUGUGAUGAGGAAGCUCAAGCUGACGAUGAAUCGACAGAGAGAGAUAAUGCUACUUUGGAUGAAGCACCCUCAAUUCAUUCUUCCAUAGAAGGCGGUUCGCCAUCUUUGGCUGAUGUUUCUUUACAGACAGGUCAAAGUUUACUAAUCGACGACGUUGUCGCAAGAAAAGCACAACUCACAAAACAGACGUCUACAACGCAGAUGCCGCCGUCAACCACGUGCCAUUCUCUCACCACGCAGACAUCACAAGAUUUAUUGCCGAGCGAGAGUGCUCAAACGCAGGAAGCUAUAAAGGUUUUAAAAACUACAACAGGCGAUCAUGAUGUAAUCGAAAUAGCGACCAAAUUCGUACCGUCUAGUUCUAGUCAAGAAAUAGCGCGUCGGGAACAAUCCAGCAUUCUAUCCAGCGAAGAUAUCGUUGUCGAUAUGAAGUAUCAAGACGCGAAGACCGAUAGUGCAACGAGCGAAUUAAACAUUGUCCACGCUGCACCACAGUCGUUUGAGACGAUUUUGGUCGAACCAGACGACAUCACUACCGAAGUAGUCGUCGACGCUGAUGGCACCAAGAGAAUAAUCGUAAGAAAGUUACGACGUACAGUCACCAGCAAGCAAACCACACAACAGCGCGUGUCCACAAUGUCGACAGCAGUCGGAGAUACGCCAACGAUGAUGCAAGCUUUCUCAGAAGCUGCGAUGAGAGAUCAACAAGUCACCAUGACCAGAACAAGACCAGAUGGGACUAUCGAGACUACGACAAGGCAGAUUUACGGCGGCAAAGUUACUACAAGCGCCCCCGUCGAAGGUAUCAAUGUAGAGGAAUAUGAAUCCGAACCCCGUUACACGCGCAUGGUGACGCAAGGUCAGAUAGGAGAUAUCAGCUGUCAGCCUGUCGAAGAGGAGAUACUGAUGGAGGGUGGUGAGUAUCAAACGAGGACAUCAAGCGUUCAUGCUGUGGUGCAACAAGUCACAAGACGGGUGAUUAAGCGAACGCGUAAAAUCAUCCGAAAAGUUAUCAUCGUAGAUGGUAAAGAGACCACUACUGAAGAGGUAAUCGAAGAACCUGAAGAAGUAGAAAUAGAUGAGCAGGAUAUACCACAUAUCAGCAUCAACGUAGUUAAGAGCGAAGAUCAAAAGAUUUUCCCAGUGGAAAAGGCAAUAGAGCAACGGGAAGCAUCAGAGAUGUCAAUGGAAUCUUAUAUCUCCGAAACUCCGAUGCAAGGACCAUUUUUUGGACCAUUUGCUAAAGAUAUAACGAGCGUAUAUCGAGAUAAAGCAGAGGAAAUCACAAAAACUUCAGUAACAAUUGCGGAAGAAGAUGACAUCUUGAAAAUCAAAACAUUGGAUACUGAAAAUCGCAAAAAAGAAAUUACAUUGUUAGAAGAACCUACGAUAAAAAUAGCAGACUCUACAACGGACAUAGCUGAUUCUAAGAUAAAAUUAACGGAUUCUACACAAAUUGCAGUGCUCUCUUCUUUGAAAGAGCAUAUAAUACAAGAUGAAAAUUUGAUAAGCAUUCAAGCUGAUGAAGAUAUUUCUACUGUACAAAGUGACGAAAAUAUAGCACAAACAGAAAUUAAAUCACAAAUGAUGGAUAAACAAGAAUACAAACACUUUCCUACCGAGGUAAAUGGCACAAGUACACUUGCGAUCGAUAAUCAAGCGCUAAUCGUUGCUGAACGAUCUGCUGUUUUGCAGACUCCUGUUGAAGAUAUUGUAACGGUACAAUCGGAAUCUGUAAAAUUUCCAUUAGAGCCGGCCGUAACAGAUGAUGAACCAGUGGUCACCAAGGCUACUUGUAAGUCUGACGAUGCACCAGUAAAGAGCGAAACACUCAGUAUCGAGCUAGAAAAUGGCACGGUAGAAGUAGAGACGCACCAUGAUGAUAGCAGCACUGUAGAAGCAGAUAAAAAUAUCGAUGUAUUGAAUGUUGUAUUAGAGAAAGAAUAUGCUGAAAAAGAAGAAUCGAAAAGAAAAGUCUCUCUCGAAUCAUCUAAAGAAGUUACAACUUUAACAUCACUUCAAAAAUUGGAGCUAGGAAACAGAUCGAUUGCUUUAACAAGUAAGUUAGAUAUUUCUGAAUCUGACAAAAAUGCGGAAAAACUUACUUCAAAAUUGAAAGAUGCGGAAAUAUCUUCCAAAGAACGACAAAUAUCACCAGAAUUGUUCAUAAGUGAGGAAAAAGAUAACUCUAGGGAUGAAGCAUUCAAACCAGAAUACAAACCGAUGUUUCAUAAGGUUGAAAUAUCUCUGUCGGUGCGUAAAGAAGAUGAAGAAGUGGAACCAUUAGUUUCCAUCAAAACUCAGGCAGAACGGCCCGAAAUUGCCCCGUAUAGCAUCGUUAAAGAAGAUGUAGAUAUUAAUCUUCCAGCGGACAAGGAAACGACAGAAGUGAUAUAUGAUAAAAUUGUACAGACUACCGCCUUUCUCACUGCUGAAAAAGAAACAGAAACCUUACAAUUAAGUACUGCAGAAAAAGAAGUCGAUGUUUACAUCGAAUCAUCAGAAAAGAGUAAAUCGGAUAUUACAAGUCAUAAAAGUAGAAAAAAGAAACGAUACAAGGAUGAAUCAGAAUCCUUGGAAAAACCAGCAGAAACAGAUUCUAGCACUUCCAUUGCUACAUCAAUUGCCGAAUCUAUGGAGAUCAAUAUUCCAUCAUCUGAUUCAUCCAAACAUGCUAGUGAGCAACCACAACCGGACGUCGCAGAUAUUAUCAAGUCCGAAUCUUCUCUAAGCUUAGAUGACAGCAUUGUGGCAGAGAACGACGGAUAUCAACUGGACGAUAAAACUAUGGAUGAAUUGUCGAUUGCGGUGGAAAAUGAAGAUGGCAUAAAGAAGAAAAGGAAAAAGAAGAAGAAACAAAAAGUUCGGCCACUUCAAGAUGAAGAUUUGACUUAUAUGCCCAAGACUAGUAGUGAUGAUGCGGCGUUCACAGACAAUAGUCUUCCUUUAGAAAUUUCUGAAGUAAAAGACAUGACCGCAGAGGAUAAGACAAAAGAGGACAUCACAAUAGAAAAAGAUGGUCGAAUUAUAGAAGAAGAAAAAAUGAAAGAAGAUACAACGAAGCCAGAAGAUGAGGCAAAAGAAAUUAAAGUCGAAACAAUACAACAAGAAAAUAAACGUGAAACUACGUUAGAUGACGCGAAUACUCAAACAGCUGUAGAAACGUGUGAUGUAUCGACUUCGCUUACUCCAAAAGAAGAGGAAAGUCUUUCUACGUUCAUGCAAACCUCUCCUGAGCCGAUACCGAUCACUUUGGAAGAAGAAAUACAAACAGCUAAAACUGAAGAGAUUCAUAUGGAGACGCAAACUUUUUUAGAACCCGGGCUUGAUUUCAGCGCGCAAACUAUCGCGGAAGAAACACCGGAAGUAGAAGAUUCAGGUGUACAAACUAUGACACCCACGGCGACGCCAAUGGAAGAGUUCGCUAUUCAAACUAGUCCAAUAGAAGAUAUUAUUCCUGCCUCAGUGGAAACGGAAGAUUUUCAAGCACAGACGACUAAAAUUGAUGUUCACUCCAUGGAAAUACAAACUUCACCUGUUGAAUUAUCUUCAAUGAUAGCGACUGAAACUCAAACAGCAAUAAAUAUUGUAACAGAAGUCGAGCAACAGACUACUCCACCACUAGUAGCAGAGAAAAUUAUUAUGCAAGAAAUUUCUAUUCAAACGUUGUCUGAAGUGCCAGAAUUUUUCGAAAGAGAUAUGCAAACAAGUGCCCCGAUUAGUCCAGAACAACUAGAUGUUUCGCAUACAGAUACUCAAACAAUCGCAGAGCCAGAAGUUCCUGCUGAAACGACAGAAACACAAACGACGCCUGAAGAGAGUCCUCGAAAAGUGGAGUUGCAGGAAUCUGAAAUGCAAACAAAAUCACCUGAGCAAACCAAAGAGACUAUGAUGCAAACAAGUCCAACUAUAGUUAGUCCGGAACCUACACAAGUGUGCGAAGAAUCUGCUCAAACUAGCAUUGAAGAUAUGAAACAAACUAUAGAAGAAGAAUCACAGACAUCAGAAAUCAGUCCAAAGAAAACUGAAACUUCUGAUAGUUCGGUGCAAAUAAAGACAAAAGAAUUGAUACCACAAAUUGAAGAAAGUGUACAAAAUAUUCCCGAAGUGCGUGAGAUCAGCUCACAAACACCAAAAGAAGAGAAACAACCAAUUGAGACAAUCUCAGUAUCUCAACAGACAACAUAUGUUCCUACUCAUACUGUUGAAGUAUCUACGGAAGAUUUUAAAACAGGAAUAGUUGAAACAGAAGAUCUGAGCAAAAUGCCCGUUCCAAUUACCUAUGAAGAGAUGAAGAAGAAAGAAAAAAUAGAUUUAGAAAAAACUCCAGCAGCACCUGAUGUACAAGUACCAGAAAUUGUGAAAUCCGUAGAGGAAGUAAAAGAAGUAGAAAUCGUGAAUAAGCUGAUAUCAGAGAUUCCUACAACGAUCCUAGAAAAUAUCGUACAGAUGAAUACUCCCGUCGAAAAAGAAACAAAACAUGAAUUUUCUGAAAUAUCUAUGAUGGUAGAACAUCCAAAACCAAUGGAGAUUAUUACAAAAACAAAAGAAUCUACGCCAUCUUCCAUGUCAGAAAAGGAUAAUACUUCGGAUACGUCAUUUGAAAUCCAUGUUCACGCGACUAUAGAACUAUCCGCCAGUGAUACACUCGAUAGUGUUGCAUCUGUUAGCAAAGAAACGACCGAUACUUCGCAAGAUACCACGAUUGCUGAAGAUCUCAAUAAUGACAUAAUCGCGGAACAUGAUAAUAAGGUAUCGAAACGGCAAAAAAGAAAAAGAAAGCAUAAAAUCAUGGAAAUCAUACCGAGCAAGGAUAAGUCAGAGCUUGAAUCCGCAUUUAGACAAUCCAUGGAAUCUCAAGAUACUGUCGCAGAAUUGUCUUACUGCGAUGUUGCUAAACAGCAUACCAACAGACAAUCUCCGAUGGAAAAUGAUGAUAUAUUGGAGCAAGUGGCAUCCGAAUAUCCUUCUCAGAUAACAUCACAGAUCGAACCAGAUGUGAAAUUGGAAAACACUGCAUUAAAAACUAUGAUAGAAAAAAUUAAUCGACGUGAAGAAGGUAUUCAAGAAACAUCUUUGGAUAUUUCAACUACCUCGGAAGUAGUACCUGCAUCAAUGAGUGAUCCAUCUGUAAUCGAGUCGAAUAACAUUCCAGAAACAAUAGUACCUGAAGUAGCAACAAUGCGAAAAACAUUUGCGCUUAAUAGACCGAUAGUAGAACCAUUGUUAAUAUCGUCGGAUCAAAAACCAUUCGUAUCUACGCAGUUGUCGCCCGAACCAAUGGAUACUACUGAAGAGCCGCUAACGCCCAUAGAAAUCGAGCAACCUAUUUUGAAUAAAGAAAAUAUUAAACCAUUGCGAACGGAAAUCAAGACAUACGCCGAAGUAAUAUCUGAAACACCAGCAGAAAUAUACGAAAAGAAAGAACCGCAAUUGUGGAAAGAAUCCGUUAUUCAAGUAUCGUCUCCUCAAGCAUUAUCUGCGGCUUUCCUUUUAAAGGAAUCUUUAGGAUAUAGCGCUAAACCGCAACAUCAAGGAACGCAAACAAUGCAAGCAGCUAAAAUAAUAACUGACCGAGUAAAGAAUCUACAGAAUACUAAUGAAUCGAGUCAUUUAGGUAACAUCUUGCAUAUCGCACAUCUAGAAGAAGUCACCACAGAAAGACUCGCGGAGGAGCGCUCGUCGGAUGUUCGCAGAGAACUGGCGCAAUUAAAAAAUGCUGUUCAAGAAAACGAUGUCAUAGUCGUCGAAGAAACUCUCGUUACCGUUGUCGAAACAAUCUCAACUUGGCUAGAAACCAUUGAAUAUCGAAUCUUCUUAAACAGAGAAUGUCCGACUGGACCUUCUGACGAGGAUGCCAGAACGUUCAUUGAAUUGAAAGAUGAGGUGAAUAAUGUAGAAGAAAGUGUCCGUGAGCUCGAUAAUAUUUGGAAGCAAUUAGAGACAAGCUAUCCGAAAGAGGAAUGGGAGAAAUUACGAGAAUGUGUAGACGCCCUUGAGCAUCAGGUGAAAAUUAUCGAGCAUGUUAUUACUGACGGAGAGAAACACGCUAAUAAACAACUCGCACGAUGGGAUGAAUUUCUAAAUAGCAUUAAUAACAUAUAUAGAUUAGUCGAAGAACAACGUAAAGAGCUCGAUUACAUAAUCGAAAGCGAGUAUUCCACACAAUGGAAAUUACAGGAACUCGAUAAAUUAGACAAUACCAAUUGCUGUCAUAUGUGGAAGACAAGUAGUCUUCUCGAUGCUGUUCAAGAAUUACUGCGUGAUCAUCCCGGCAAGAUUAUACCUGAAGAAAUCUACGCAGCGCAUGAGAUGACAAAGAUCAUCGAACAUGGUAUAUGUAUCGAACGAGAACGUCUUCUCCAAUUGCUUGCUUUAGCCGAAGAAUAUGAGCAAACUCUUCAGGAAUUUGCGCAAAUUAUCGAAAUCGCUGAAAAUUUGCUGGACAGUCCGAUAUCCGUAGUAAGCCUGGAACAUCUUCAGGAAGAGAUGCAGAAGCACAGAAAAUUUUUCGUCAAUCUGAACCACUGUCGCGCAAUUCUCGAAUCAUUGGAAGGUAAUCUAGAUUCUGAAACUAGAGCCAAACACUCUGGUUUGCACGAAGAACUACAUAGUAAAGCAACAGCGCUGCUCGAUCAAGCAGCUUCAAGAGCGCAACAAAUGGCUUUGGCGGCAUCGCGAUGGAUGCUACUCGAGCAGGGUGUAAAAGAAGAAAGAGGAUGGCUCCAGGUUGCACAUCAACGAGUUCCUGAUCUUCAAACGGUGACUUCGACUGACUACGAUCAAUACAUUUCUUUAUAUCAAUCUCUAUCAUUGGAUGUAGCAACUCAUCAUGCACGAUUAAUUCAUUUACUCGGUGUGGCACGUAGCCUCCUUGAUCUUAUCGACAUCGAGGAUCCUGAUCGAUAUAGUGAAGCUCUAGACGUGAUCGUCAAACUGCAAGACAAUAUCGAAUCCUCUCUAAAAAGACUAUUGGCUUUUAGAGAGAGUUGGAACAAUCAAGAGAUACUAACAAACCGCGUAGAACAUUGGAUAACAAUGGCCGAGAAGGAACUUGCUACAUUACAUGAUCCAUCAGGAAGUUCUAUGCGUCAAUUCUGGGAAUUAAAAGCACAAUAUGAGGUUCACAACAACAUGCGUAACGAAGCAGACAAUUACUUCGAGCAAGCUCUACGAAUUAUACCUCUGUCGGACGAAAUGUUGCAGCGACAGUUUCACUACGAGUUGCAGGGUCGUUGGAAUGAGGUUAGUAAUAAGAUCAACGAAAUUCAAAAAGAUGUCACUCGCAGCAUUUCCUCGGACGAGAUCUCGUCGAAUGAGAAACUAAAAUUACUCGAGAAGGAACUAAAUGAGUUACGAAUGACCAUCAAUAGUUUCCAUGGAGUGCUGAAAACAGAAGAAGAACUAGAUCUAUAUGUCGAAAGACUCACUAUAUUGUUCGAAAGAAUCUCUUUAAUUCAGAACGAGAUAGGUAGAUUAGGUCUUUUACCAGCGGCGGAGAGCGAAAGAGUCGGAAUUUUAUUAUCAUCGGCGCGUUGCGUAGAAGGGCAGAUAAGCGAAGAACUAGAUUCGGCACAGCUACUCAGAGAAAAGAUUCAGACUCUUCAACGUGGAUUAAGUCGCUUUAGGAAGGCUCACAAAAGAUUAUCGAUGAUAUUGGAUCAAUGCGAAGGUAGCGAAAGACAAGAAAGCGAUCUGGUAGCCGCAGCUGUAGAUCGUUGUCAAUCUGUCGCCAACGAAUUAGCUGUCCUUUGGCAAGAUCUAAUGGCAUUAAGACAGAUGCUGCAUAAUUUACCAACCGGCAUGAGAGUGACAGUGUCGCCAGUGGGCAUAGAAAGAGACUUGUCUAAUAUACAGGAUGUACACACCGAACUUGAAUCCAGAUGCGCGCAUCUGCUUUCGUUGCUAACGAAUAGAUUGGAGUUAUGGCGACGAUUCGAGAGGCAGCUGGAAAUGGUGCAACAAUCCGUUCAAGAAGCAGAUUAUAUGAUGGAACUAUUAACCGUCCAAGACUCCGUUGAUUACGACAGAUUGCUGAAGGCCACGGAGCGCCUCGAGGGUUUGAACGGCGAUUUGGGUGCUCGAGAAGUUCUCAUUGGCGAAUUACGUGCCGCUGCCGAGCCUCUGCGGGAGAGUUGCGCCGCAGAGGUCCGCGAGAGGGUCGACGCCGCAGUAAAUGAGGCCGUACAGGCUUGGGAGGACACAAGGGCCGAAUUGGAUGCCCUUUGCACCCGAUAUCAACACGCGUGCAGGCUCUGGCAGCAAUACAGAGAUUCUAGCGCCGCGGUGAAGGCCUGGGUAGACACCCAAAUGAACAGUGUGGUAAAUUUACCACCGGAGGAAGCAGUCAAGCAAGUUAAGGUUUGCGAGGAGACACUGGCGGAGCACAAAGAAAGACUAGCGGAACUACGCGGUUUAGUGGCACAGAUCGCAUCGGAUGUGGGUUUGGACGCUGGUGGACCGCUGCACUGCGAAGUUGAAGCGCUAGGUCAACGACUCGAAGAUGUUCGAGAAACCUUGUCGACCCUCGCGGACACGGUGGAUGCCCGUGUCCUCAACCAGGAACUUGCCCGCGGUGAUCUAUGCCAGACGAAAAAUUUCCUGGAUUCGGUCCAACAGAGUCUAACAGCGGUGGGUCAAGGCGAGUCUAACGAACAACUGACGGUAUUACGAAAUCAUCUACUCGCGUUAACUCGAACCGAGCCGCAGCUUCAAUCCAUCAAGGAUCGCGCGUUAGAUGUUUCCGUGCAAGAACCGUCGGUGGUUGAGGUGGUCCAGUUAUGGCAACGCGUAUUUCAAGAAACCUUCCAGCAGUAUCACCGUUUGUCGACACGAUUAAUUCGUUCGCAAGACGUGAUUGCUGCGUUAAAGCUUUGGGAAGAAUAUUUGACGCAUGUGCAAGAUUUUCUGUCGAGCGGUAUGCCUGGUGAUUAUAACAGUUUAUCGGAGCAUCGGAAUCUCUGCGAGGUUCAUCGAAAACUUUUGCCUGAGCAGCAGAAUCUCAUUUUAACGGUGCGACAAGAGGAAGAUCGUGAUCGAUCGGUUACCGAGCAAUUCAAUGCCUUAACAAAUCUUCACAAUGAGACAUUGGCGAGAAUAUUGGAGCGACAUACGACAGUGCGUGACAGAAUAUCGGCCUGGGAUAGAUAUAAAUUAGAUCAAAGAAAAUUGUUGACGUGGUUAAAGGAAGUUGAAAGAGAACGGCAACGCAUGAACCUACAAUUCAUCCAUUUGAGAAGGCUUGAAAAGAUUCUGCAAAGAAUUCAGGCGCUGUUGGACAAGAUGCCAGUUGGCGAGAGUCAGAUAGAGUCUCUUCAGGAACAACAGGAGUACCUCCUAACUAAUUGCGACGAGGCGCUGGCCGUCUCGAUACGCAUGGAACAUGCUGCAAACGUACAACGGAUCGCAAAUUUGCGAGCCGGUUUGGAAACCUGGAGAGACUUCGUUCAACGAGUACAGAAAUUGCAUGAAGAACAUGUCAAGCAAUCUGAGAUGAUCGUCAUGACCUUCCAGGAAAUUAGCCAAACAUUAAGCGCGGGCUUCCAUGCGGAACUAACAAGUCUAUCCAGGACGAAAGAACAACUCGACUCUCUUGAACAUUUGAGAACUCGCCUAGCUAACGCGCAACGCAAUUUGGAAUCUCUUGGUGUAAUCACGGAACAAUUGAGAGAAUGUUUGAGUCCGAGUGACAUGAAGACAUUAAAUCAACAAGACGCGCUUCUGACGCAACAACACGGCGAUCUUGAAUACCAAUUAGCUUUAUUAUCAUAUAGACUCGGAGAACGUUGUGCUCUUCAUGGUCGAUGGGAAAACAGAUUAAAUAAAUUGUUGUCGUGGAUGGAAGAUGCAGUGACCAGAAUGCAGAACCAUGACACGAUGGCAUUGGACGAACCUGAAGAGGCAUUGAAGCGACUUGAAUGCGAAUUACAGACGGAGAUGAGUUUGAAACAGCGCGAACUCGAGUGGUUGCAGAAUACUGGGCAAGAGCUAAUAGAAGUCGCCGAAGAGACAGAGAAAGCAAAACUCCAGCAAUCCUUAGACGAAGUCAACGAGAAGUGGAAUCGUCUAAUGGCCGGCGGUAAAGCAAGAGCUAACAAGCUGAUCGAUCUAAUUCAAACUAUGAACUCAUUGCUCAAGAGGAUAGCUGAUUUACGAACUUGGCUGACCGGCAUCGAAAGUCAGCUAUCAGAAGUUAUCAUUAUUGAAAAAUUCACACAGAAAAACAUCGAUAAAAAGCUCGAAGAUCACGACCAUCUCAAGAUCACUAUUGAGACUGAAAGCGGUAAUAUCGGCGAGGUGCUAAAUUUAUGUGAAAUCUUGUUAAACGAUUGCGACACGUGGAAAGCUUCUUUUAACAUGGACCUGAUAAAGAACGGUAUGGAAAAUCUAGAGAAACGAUGGAAAGCUGUGUGCAUUAAAUCUACCGAGCGCAAGCGAAAAAUCAUGAUGAUUUGGAAGUUGUUGCAAGAGUUGGAAAAAACCAGAUGCGAGCAUGAACCAUGGUUAGUAAAAACAGAGAAAUCUCUGUUGGAAUUAGAGAACGAUCUUACAGAGAUCUCGAAAGAAGAAUCAAGAAAAAUAACCGAGAAAGCUAAAUUGAUCGCCAAAGAUAUCGAAGCUCAUCAGAAGGCCUUGAAAAUCCUAGAACAGAUAUUUGGACGUCUCGCCAAGUCCGGAUUGGAUACCGACAACUUUAGAUCUCUUACGGCCGAGACACGGAAGAUCAUUGAUAGAUGGUUGGUUCUAGAGACAAGAAUCAACGCCAUUAUCUCGAGCAUUCAACGGGAACAAAAGACUUACCGCGAGUUCGUAUCCACACAUGGUACUGCAGUAAUGGGCUUGACGCAGGUGGAUGUACGCCUAACGCAAAUGCAACAUCUCGCCACACCUGAGCAAAGAGCAUCGUUGCGACGAAGGCGUCAACAGUUGAGUGAAAUCGAGGAAGAGCUCGAUACUCAAAACAUUACGCUACGCAAAGCAGACGAAUUAGCAUUACGAGUUAUGCAGGAGAGCAAUCCUGACGACGUGGCCGCAAUUCAGGAACUAGUAGACGAAUAUCAACUUUUAUGGCGGGAUAUCAAGUCACGAGUAAUCGCGCUGAAAGCGGAACUGGAAACGCAAGAAAGAUCGGAAGUCGACGAGGCCGUGCAGGUAGAAACUUUGAAAUUUGAGCGAGAUACCGCGGUUCAAGUAGACACUCUACCAAGACUUAUCAGAAUGACUUCAUGUGAUGCAUAUUUGAUGGAAUUGGAAACUGCCCUGAACGAAUGCAACAAUUCCCUAAGUGCUUUGGAAGCAACGGUAACACCUGAUCCCGUUUCCGGUCCUGGGCUCAAUGCGGCUGCUAAAACUAUCGCUAAACUAAUCGGAAGUUGCCAGUCCUCGAUAGAACUGGUACGCCACCUUCAUAAUCUGCUCAUGGAAGACGACAAAUUGAAUUUAGGAAUUGCUAAAAGUAGUGAGGUAACAACACUAAUAGCUCGAUACGAAACACUCAUUGCACUAGCAAGAGCACGUGAACAGCAAAUCAGAGAGCUCAGAUCGCCAGUCACAGAUGCUUAUGCUUUUCCAUGUGACCAUGAUAGUGGCAGAUUGACCUGUCCAUUAUGUUCUCGUCGUAAUUGGGCUCAACUGGACAAUGAUUUAUGGCGUUUGGACAAAUGGUUGGAGUACGCCGAGGGUACGCAGAGUGAGCAGCAUUCGCCGCCCAAUAAUAUAGAACAAUUGGAGGAUGUAAUUCAGGAUCAUCGCGAGUUUCUAUUGGAUCUCGACAGUCAUAGGAGUAUUGUAACGAGUCUGAAUAUAGUCGGUACUCACCUAGUCGAUCAUACUGAAGAUACGGAACGUGCGAAGGAGCUUCGUGACAGAUUGGCUGUGGCAAACAGCAGAUGGGAGAAAAUUUGUACAGCUGCUGUGGAAUGGCAGGAUCAGUUGCAGCACGCCCUCAUGACGAAUCGCCAAUUUUAUCGUAUUAUAGAAGAAUUAUUAAGUUGGCUCGAACGCACUGAGAUCAGCAUUAGAGCAAGCGAACCAAUCGAUUUGACCGAAUCUAGCAAUAUCCUAGAAGCAAAAUAUAAUAAAUUUAGGGAACUGCGAAGUGAUCUGGAGCGUUGCGAGCCGCGAGUAAUAUCGUUACAGGAUGCAACUAAUCAUCUUUUGGAUGAACAGAUAGAAACUAGAACGCGUCUGCAAGAACUGCGAUUAAGGUUACAGUCAUUAAGAAGACUCACAGGAAUCUAUGCCCUUAAAUUAGGAGCUGCCCUCGGGCUGGACCCACGGGAUAUCGGUCUCGCUGCUACGUCUACAUCUCUUGCAUCUCUCUCACAUGAUCUGCUCGACGAAGCUGCCUCUGGGACUGCUCAGCCUCACGCCACCGGCACAGAUGGUGACGAAAGAGACCAAACGGUAUUGGCACGUGGUUAUCGUUUCUUAGGACGUGUUCUACGAGUUUCUCUUCCAAUCCAAGCAUUGAUGCUGUUACUGCUUGGCGUCGCAUCUCUGGUACCAUCUGCAGAAGAAGACUACAGUUGUAUGCUUUCUAAUAAUCUCGCGAGGAGCUUUACGCCAAUAGCUUUUUAUCCGAAUGGACCUCCACCGGUAUAACAGUAAACAAUGUUUAAAGACCUUAUUCUUGAAUAAUAUUGUAUACGAAAAUAUUAUAGAAAUUUAUAAUAUACGUAGCGUAUAUUAUAAUAUUUUCAUCCAUUUUGAUAUGCGACAUUUUACAAGAAUAUGGUCCCUGUCGUUUUGUUGCGUGUCACUUUGCCAACUUAAGAUUGAUACUUCUCAUGGAGCAUUGACGAGGCAAGCCAAUACAAAGCUGAUCAAAUUUCUUUACCUUUACCUUGCGUAAUUAGUAUUGAAAGAUAUGAAAUUCAUACUGCCUUGAGCUUUCUUCGUUAAUGUUUUUAUUGACUGCAGUUGCAGUGCGUGUAUCACAGGAAUCUUUAUAUAUGUAUAUUGUAAUUUUACACACGACGAAUUUGUAUGUAAGUAAUUAAUGUAACGGACCAAGUGGUGACUGAAAAUAUGUAGCUGACGCGAA